GUGACGUAUGCGCGCCGCUACCUGGUCAAAGGGUUAGAGGAGCAAGUGGCAGGGAGCAUGUGGCUUAUCAGCUACUCGCUGCGAACCCUGCGCUUCCAUUGAUGGCAGUGUACGCGGGCUAAGGACCGGAAAGCUUGGAGCUGCUAUAGCAUGGCAGCAGCAGGAGGCAGCGAGCAGAAAGAGCUGCUGGCUCUGAUGCACCAGUACUUGGUCCAGAUUGGCUAUGAGAGAGCAGCAAGGGAGCUGCUGGCACAGAGUGGGCAGGUAAUUGCACGGGCUCCCACGUGGGUGGAGGGGGCGGGGGGGCUGACGAGCCUUGCUCUCCCCUCGCCUCACUAGCAAGCCUUCCCAAUAACUCUAUGAAGCUGCAACCCUAUAAAGUCUUUUCUUUCUGGUCUAACAAGGCAGCUGCCCUCACUCCAGCCCCCACCCCCCCGGUAAUCCUGCAGUAGGGAAGAAUUCGCAUUGGGAAGCUUGUUCUGUGGCGUCCAGCAGCCCAUUUUCAUAGCAGUAGCCUUUACUUGCCUCACAAGGCCUUAGCAAGGGUUUGUUCAGUUUAUUAGGCGUGUAUUUCUAGGCAGCUCUUCAGAACACCCAGGGCUCCUAUUGAAAGGAUUUCUGAGAUUUUAUUUCAGUGGCUUGUAUCUUCUAGCGGUGUACGGUGCAGUUAUAAAGAUGCAAUGAAGACGAGACAGUGGAUGCUUACCAGAAAGCUUAAAAGUCCCAAUUUGAAAUUAAAGGUUUUCACUAGGUGGUGGAAGUGGAAGGUGGGCCUCCCUGAUCUGAGCUGGGAAGUUCUUCAGAACUGGGCCUGGGUGGGGACCACUAACAGAGGCUCCCCUGGACACCUCAGGCAGGAAUACAGUGGUACCUCGGGUUAAGAACUUAAUUUGUUCCAGAGGUCCGUUCUUAACCUCAAACUGUUCUUAACCUGAGGUACCACUUUAGCUAAUGGGGCCUCCUGCUGCCACCGCCGCACGAUUUCUGUUCUCAUCCUGAAGCAAAGUUCUUAAUCCAAGGUACUAUUUCUGGGUUAGCGCAGUCUGUAUCCUGAAGCGUCUGUAACCCGAGGUACCACUGUACAAGGAAUCAGGUGGUCCUUAUGUACAUGAAGCACUCUGGACACUUGGAACAUGGUGGGUGUGGUUAUAUAUAUCUAAGAAAUCCUAAGGAGCUGUGGUAUCCUAAAAUGUAAGGUGUUCAUUGUGUGAUCGUGUUCUGGAAUAAGGGUAACUUGGCUGAAGGCACCUCUACCCCCAUGUUGCUGGUUAUGUUCUACAGGUUGGCCCAAUAGUAGGUAUGCUGCUUUAGAAUCCACUUUUUGUUCUUAACGCGAGUUUGCUGUCAUCAUUCACAAUAUCAGUAAAGAAAAAUAAUCCAUUUAUCUGACUCCACUAUUCUUUCCAACUGCCACUUUGAUUCAGUUGUAUACCUACUUUUGGGCCACCCUGUACUGUAUAGUUAAAACAAAACAGUAUUUGAUAAUUUGCUAUCUAGAUAUGUAGGAUAAACAACCUUGCUUUUUCAUUUUACUCUGGGAAGUAUUGCCUAUAAAUCCAGAUUACCUCUCACAGUCGAGUAUUUGGGAAUGGUAAUUCAUUGAUUUUUCUAACCUUUCUGAGCAGUCCUAGGAGUGGAUUGUGAAUUCCAGUCCACAUUUUGACUGUUGAGAGUCAGUUAUUACAGUUAUUACAGAUUAUCAAGAGUAAUAUGUUCUUGUAUGUUCCGUUUUAUGCUAGUACCCUUGAACCUAGCUGAUUAUUUAGUCCGCUUCAGCUAGCAUUGUCCUGGUAUCAGUGUCAACAGAGUCACACACACAUGCAUAUUAUUUAGUGACUUGCCGUUGAAUGUGUGACUGCUAGGUACAGAAGACAAUACUGUGUACGUGGAGCCUGAAGGGAAAUGAAACUGAAAGCUCCAUCUGUUAUACAAUGUUAGUCAUCGUUGGAAUAGAUUUCUUGGAAGCAAGGGAUUUAGUAACACUCAUGUCCAAUCUCUGAAGCUGUUUCAUGGAUGCAGGUUUAUUCAGAAAUACACAUGCAUGUGUGAAUUUGCUGUAAGCCUGUUAAAUUCAAGGGUUCCAAUUAGAGUUUGGUUUGAGGUUUAUACACCCAAAGCAAGCUCAUGAUAAAAGCACGUGAGUUUUACAUUAUCUACAUAAUGGGUGUGUGCAACUGCUUAAAUAUUGAAUAGAUUAAAAAUAUAACCUAUAGAGGAAGCAAGGGGUUAGUGUGUUGUUUGAGUAUAGCCUCAGGAAAUGAGGGUUUUUAAAAACUUAAUAUUUACGUUCUCUUGUACUGCAGUAAGCCACUUGUGACCUAUCCUAAAUUUUGUUUACAGUUGGGAUGGUUGAGGUCACAACCCAGAAACCACUGACUCUGUAAAGAUUUAUUAUUUGCAUUUGGUCUUGAGGAUGUGUCUGCAGGUGCAGAUGGUCUUCACCACCCAAUAUUAAAAUAAUUUAUAGCUUAAAAUAGCAACACACUUGAACAAUCUGAAUAUUUUUACUGUGGUCAUCUAGCAGGGUGUAUGUAUGGAAAAUAUAGCCUAGUGCAAGUACAAGACCACAUAACACUGGUCUUGAAAGACCUACAUUGACUCCCAUACGUUUCCGAGCACAAUUCAAAGUCUUGGUGCUGACCUUUAAAGCCCUAAACGGCCUCGGUCCAGUAUACUUGAAGGAGUGUCUCCACCCCCAUCAUUCAGCCCGGACACUGAGGUCCAGCACCGAGGGCCUUCUGGUGGUUCCCUCACUAAGAGACGUGAAGCUACAAGGAACCAGGCAGGGGGCCUUCUCAUUAGUGUUGCCCACCCUGGGGAACGCCCUCCCAUCAAAUGUCAAGGAAAUAAACAACUAUCUAACGUUUAGAAGACAUCUGAAGGCAGCCCUGUUUAGGGAAGUUUUUAAUGACUGAUGUUUUAAUGUAUUUUUAAUUUUUUGUUGGAAGCUGCCCAGAGUGGCUGGGGAAUCCCAGCCAGAUGGGCGGGGUAUGUAUGAAUGAAUGAAUGAAUGAAUGAAUAAAUCUACAGCCAUGAACUCUAAUGCAGAAUCAUUUUCUCCUUGGAGGCUCUGUAGUCCUAAUGUCUGGACCACCACAGAAUUCCCCCAACGCUGUAACCUUCUAAGUGGAGAAUCUCCAAUGUGGUUCUACUGUCUGGGCUCUCUGUUUAGUAUGAAACUUUUUCUUCCCACCUGUGACAGCUAUACAGAGCUUCGUGGUAGCACUAGCAAGACUUGAUGCACAUCAGCUGUGAACAUUGCCAUUUGAGAGGUACUGCUAAGCUAUCAGAGUGGCGCUGUGGUCUAAACCACUGAGCCUAGGGCUUGCUGAUCGGAAGGUCAGCGGUUUGAAUCCCCGCGAUGGGGUGAGUUCCUGUUGCUCUGUCCCAGCUCCUGCCAACCUAGUAGUUCGAAAGCACGCCAAAAAAAGUGCAAAUAGAUAAAUAGGUACCGCUCUGGCAGGAAGGUAAACGGCGUUUCCAUGUGUUGCUCUGGUUUCAGCGUUGCGUUGCACCAGAAGCAGCUUAGUCGUCCUGGCCACAUGACCCGGAAAAACUCUGUGGACAAACGCUGGCUCCCUUAGCCAGUAAAGCGAGAUGAGUGCCGCAACCCCAGAGUCAUUCGCGACUGGACUUAUCUGUCAGGGUCCUUUACCUUUACUUUUACUAAGCUAUCAGACUGAAACAAAUAAUUUAGGCAGACAGGGUUGCAACUUGAAGGUAUUUUGUGGCAUAGAGGAGAAUGAUGCUACGUGUAUAUAGGAUUGGGGUAGCCAGACUUGAAGCUGGGAGGUUUGAGAGAUUAUGAAGACCCUAAACAUGAAAUUACACUGAAAGCAAUAUUGGAUGAAAUCUUUAUGGUUUCAGAGGUAUCCGCUUGUUUCUCAUCCAGACUGAAGUCAUGUGGGCUUUUACCACCUAGAAAUAACAUUGUAGAGCAGUGACUGUUACUAUUAGGGGUGUUCAGAUAAGCCAUUCUCAUGCAUUGAGGAGCUGUGUUGAAUGUGUCCCCCCAACCCAAUGCCCAUAAGUGGCUUUGUGUGAGAAGCAUUUCUCGAUAUUUAAAUAUAUGUGAGUUCCUCCCACUUAUCCUCAUAUAGAGGAGGCCGGUGUGUGUACUUUAAAAUGCACAUAGCACUGUUUGAUAAAUAUGGUAAAGUCUUAUCCAGCUGUGUUGCAGGCACUUUUGUUUGUGGGUGUGGUUCUCCCCACUGCUUGGACUUCUCCAUUUGGAUUGCAACUAUGAGAGGCAAAUAAAGUCUGGAGCCAAAAUUGGCUGUACUGACAGUGGAUUAAGUAACAUGCAAGAGGGAGAGUAAGAAUGCAAAAAGCAUAUUACAGGAAACCUGCAGUGUUGUGUUAGUUGAUGUCAGAGUCGGCAACCGCUGGCAGUUUUGUAUGUGUGUUUCUUCAACAUCCUACUUGGGUAUAGGAUAUAUUUAUCAGUGCUGGUAAUAGUAUGUUUCCAAUUGUCAUAGUUGGCAUUUAUUAGGCACUUGGGUGUAGCUGCUGCCAACACUUCUCUUGAGAAUUUUAUGAAAGUACAGUAGUACCUUUGUAGUCGAACAGCUUGGCUCCUGAACAAAUUGGCACCCGAACGCCGCAAACCCAGAAGUGAGUUUUCUGGUUUGCAAAUGUUUUUCGGAAGCUGAAUGUCCGAUUGAGUGCAGGAAGCUCCUGCAGCCAAUCAAAAGCUGUGCCUUGGUUUUUGAAUGGUUCUGGGAGUCGAACGGACUUCUGGAAUGGAUUAAGUUCGACAACCAAGGUACCACUGUACUUGUUUAAGUAUAUAGACUUCUAAAAAAACCAACAACUUUCAGAUACAUUUUAAUCUGGGGCCAGAAAUACUAUUUUCCAUUAUGUUGGGCUUAUCUUUUUGCCUCUUUGGGGAUAUAAAACCAGUGGGGUUUUUUGGUAAAUAUUAUACAAUGAGAAGAAAUUAGUUGUGUCUUGGGAGCAUCUUUUGGCCAAAUUGUUUUCCAUUAUUUUGUGGUUCUUAAUUCUGGGCCUGUAAUGUACUUGGAGCAACUCUACAGUUGCUUUCUUGUUGUUGUUAUUGUUUUUAAAAAAUGUGGGGCCAAAGAGUGGGGUUUCUGUUCUUGAUAUGGGUAAAGGGCAGAAUUAACUUCUCUUUUUCUCGUACAGAAGACCUUCCUACCAACCCCAGUCCCCCUCGGAGAUAUCUUCACUCAGUGGAAAAAGUAAGCUUAACAAAAAAGAAACAAGUUGUGUUUUUGUGUGAGACUGUGCCUGAUAGACACACUUUUAAAUUAGUAUUUAUUAGCAAUACAUUUUAAUAAUAGUAGUAUUAGUAUUUUCUGCAUUUUAAUUACUUCCCUUUUGGAAGGGUAACCUCUAGACCAACAUAAUCUACCCUGAAUAAAAGGAUAGAUUAGAUAAAAUAGUUUUGUUUCAUUCUUGGAACAUGUGGAGUUGCAUUUGGCGUUUGUAAUAAGGGGCUCUUCCUGGAGCAAUUAUAGAUUUCCCAGGCCCCAUGACUCCUCCUUGUGCUCUACAUAGACCUGUCACUACAUGCAUAGAGGGUCUACACAUGUGAGGGCGAUGGCAUAGCUGGCCUAGCAUUCAAAGAACUCCUUGGAAGGGGGCAUCAGAACCCCAGUGUCCUCCCCUCUUGUACUGUAGAAGGGUCAGAAAGCACUUCUAAAGCAAGCCCCCAAUUAUUUUUUUUAAAAAUCCCUUUCUCCCAGCUCAUGAAAAGUGGAAUAUUAUGUCCCUAUUCUUUUUUGCUCAAAUUAAAACUUUGAAUCUCCUUCUGUUUCACUCCAUCAAUCUGGGACUUCUUGGGCUCUGUGUAUCCUUUAUUAUAUUGAUAAUAUUGAUAUUAUAUUGAUAAAUUGAUAAUGCAAAGUUUUCUGGCCUGAGGUAAAAAGAUUAGUGUUUUGUCUAUAAAUCACCAUGCUCAAGUAACAGUACACAUAGGCUACAUAAUUUUGACUAAUUGUGGGUCGCAACUUUGAAUUGUUCAGUCUUUCAUUUCAUUUUUACCUCCAGGUUUUCCCCAAUGUUGUUUUCUAAGUAUUGCGUAAAUCUCACACACUCUUCCUCUCUGUCCCUUCUAGCUAAAUGGUUAGACAUAUGACACCUACAUGAUAUAAAAUGCAGUGUAAGGCAGGGAUCUGCUAGGAAAUGCCAACUUUCCUACUGAGUGAUACUGUCAAGUUUUGCCCCCUGUUUAUUCUCUCUCUGUGGUUCCUUCCACCUCCACAGUUCCCCUGCACAUUGGCCCUUGGAACCACCAAUACCAUGGCAAUCCUGUGUGGGGCUCAUUCUCCCCCUUUAACCCUUUUUGGGGGGUUUUAAACUAUGAUCCAUUCACUCUUGUGUGUGGGCAAGAGAUCCAUUAGCUGAUCCCUUUUAUCUUUAAUUGUUUUUCUCUUGGAUAAAGUUUAGACUCAACAUUUUUUUUCUUGACAGGUAGGUGAUCAGUGUGACAGGAUUGGAAAAUUCCAGCUUCAAAUUAGCCAUGCAGAUAGGAUGAAGCUAUUACUAGGUUUUAAUUAAGCUCCUCAUCCUAAUUUCACGGUCUUGGGUAUGAUUAGUUCUAUUACUGCCUCUAAUAAGUUAAUUUUAAAAGUUGACUUGGGGAGACAGUUUGCGUGAACUACAAACUUUUUUUUAUAAAAAGUCAAAGAAGUACCCAGUUUGUUUUAUUUCCAUAGCAAAGUAAAUGUUUCAUGAGUGACAGUGGUGGUUCUUGUACUACAGAGGCAUGAGACUCAGAAAGUUGUUGAGUGAACCCUUUUAAGCUAACUUGUUGUUGUUUAGUCGUGUCCGACUCUUUGUGACCCCAUGGACCCGAGCACGCCAGGCACUUCUGUCUUCCACUGCCUCCCGCAGUUUGGUCAAACUCAUGCUGGUAGCUUCGAAGACUAACUAAACUAUCCUCGUUUAAUGCCUAUUCAACAUACUUGCAAAAUCUGUUCAACAGAACUUCCUCACAAGCCCAGAAACGAAAGGGGGAGGAAAUCAAGCAAGGCAGCCCAGCAAAGAUCAGAGUUCCUGAUCCCAAGAGCAGCUCUGAGAGCUCGGAGGAGGAAGCAGCAAAACCCAUAAAAAGUAAGAUGCACUUGUCUAAUUCCAUGUCCCCAAGCACUUUACUACCUGGCUAUUUUGUGGUGUGUAAUUUGCACCUUAGAUGCUGUUUGAAAAGAGCAAAUGCCGGUGAGGGACCGUCUCAUCUCUGUCCUUGACACAUGCAGUUUGCUUGCAAAGAGGUUUUGCUAUGAGGAGUGCUGUGGAACUUUGAAAUACUUUCUAGAAUUUUGUCACAUGGUGUCCUUUGACAGGAUAGAAAUUGUCCUGCGACUUCAGUUUUCCCUCCCCUUGGAGACACUGAAAUCCUUCAGACUUGUAUAGGCUGACAUCUCUUCUCUGUUGCAGGCAAUGUGGCUGUGAAUAACAGUUCCCUAGCUAAAGCGGAGAGCAGCAGUGAGGACGAGGAGUCAUCUUCCGAAGAGGAAGAAGCUGCUGGCAAGGAGGUGAGAAGGCAGUUACUGUUACUGCUAGUGCUUGUAAAUGGUGUCUGAGAGAAUAGGAUAGCUGUGGAAAAUCAGACUUCAUGAAUGCAAAUAUAGCACUUGCUUUGUUUGUGUAUGUUCAAAAUCUCUCAUCAGGUAAACUUUGGAAAGUCCCUUUUUUUUAAGAAAGAGAACAGAGGAAGGUUUGAGCUGUCUCCUCACCUUCCAGAAAGGCAAAGCCCAUAUGCUGCACAGCUUUGAGGGUUAAAAAACCUAACCCCAAAAUGCUUAAUUCAGGGAUACAGGAAAAGUCAUGAGAGCCUGGAAUAACUGAGAUGUGUCUGCUUUGAAGGCUCACAAGCAGAUAUUGUAAGAUUUGGGAGAAAAAACAUACCUACCAAGAAUCCCUAUGGCAAAAGGAACCAUUCCCUGUUUGAAAUGCAUCCAAAUGCACCUUGUUAGGGUGACCAUAAUAAGUUGCAUUCUAUACAUGGUAAAUUCUAGACAAGCUUUGAAUGUCUAGGCAAUUGUCUAGAGUAGGCAGUUCUAGACAAGCGUUGAUCUACCUUCAGAUUGAAAUCAGUCUUGAGGAUAUUGAAUAGGAGAAAGCCUAUAACAAUAAACACAUGGUCCAAAAGGUAGGGCACAGCUCUCCUCUCUCUAUUGUACAUGCAGAGCUGCCAGUUAAUGUGCUCUUAUUGGAGCUGUUUGCAAACUUGGAGUCUCUGUGAUGGACUGCAUAGGCUAUGUAUUUUAUUUAUAAAAUUAUACUGCUUGAUUGUAGGAAAGCCUCAAAGCAGUGUAGAAGAAUCAGUCAUUGGUGGUGUCCUAAAUACAACUUGACAAGUGUAAUGAGAUUGCUUCUCCUCUUAGGUGAACAUCCCCGCAGCAGGAAACAAAACCAGCAACUUGCUGCAACUUGCUGCACAGAAGACGAACUCCUUCCCAGGCAAAGGGGUGGCUGUAGCUGCUGUCCAGGCAAAAGGGCAACAGAAAAAGGCAACUGCAAAUAAGCCACCAACACCGGCUGUGACAAAGGCAGGACAGAAUAAAACCCUCCCUGUUAAACCAGGAUCUGCUUCGCAGCCUCUUGCUAUACCAGGGCAGAAUGCAUCACAGGCAGCCGCUGCAAGGAAGACAAAGAACUCUGAAAGCAGUAGCAGCAGCAGCAGCUCAUCUGAAAGUGAGGAAGAAAAGACACCAGCAGCAGUAAAAACCCCAGUACCCAAGCCAGGUAAGAAGUUGGCUGGCUUGAGAUGUGUGUCGCAAGGCAUUGCACAAUCAUCCAAACUCUCAGACUUGAAUCUUUCAUUUUGACUUGCGGUGAGGUUGACCUGCAUUACCUUGCAAAUCAUGUUGUAGGCUUGAUUGUUUCAGCUCUAUUUGAGGGGAUAAAUAUAAAAGAAAACUGUUCUUAACAAAAGGAAAACGUUCAGUACUCUUAGUGAAAGCAGGUAUCUAUUGCAAAGAGACCAAACACGUUGAAGGAUCCAAAGGACACAAAUGCAGUUGUGUUCAUGAGCAGGCAGGCAGGCAGGCAUGUGUGUAGCACAGUAGCUUUCUUGGGCUAUAGUUAUGGCAAGCGUGCUGAGCUGUCUGAGCACCUGAAAUAAAUACAUUUCCAUUUUGAUGUCAGUCGACAGAUUUUUCUCUCUGGAUUUCCUCAUUUAUUUAUGAGAACGUUGGCCAGUGUCUAGCUAAAUCAAAAUCACAUGCAAAAUUAGGGUCACUCACCUUCCCAUAAAUUUGUGCUGUAUGGGUUUUCAUAAGCCUAGCAAUUGUAAUAAUAUGUUGUCUAGUCUACUGGAAAGUCUUACAAAUUAUGGUCAACUAAGACACACUCUGUCUCAUUGGAGUACAGUAAUUGAAAUGGGCUUAAGUAACUUGAGUCCAUUAGCUUAAAUGGGUCUACAAGGAGUGUGUAGUAAUAUUGGAUAUUGCUCAUCACUUCUGUCAACUCCAGGAGCAUAAACCUCCUCAGUUAUGACCCACUUCUGCUGUGAAUUCUUAACAUCCCUCCAUACUUGGAUAUUAAAACGUAAUUGGUUUUUACUGCAGAAGAAUAUCCUGCUGCUGUGUCAUUAAUUGGUAUAAUCUCAAGUACAUGAUUGAUAUGUUCUGAACAUGCCAACUGGAGACUAAAGACACUUUCAAAUGGCAUGACUCAUGUGAAUAGAAACACAGUUCUUCUAUCUUGGGCUUCUCUUUCCUUUCCAGAGCUGAGUAGUCAGCAGCCAGGGCAUAUCUUUCCAAACAGCAAGAUUUUUAGGUAAUUUAAAUCACCUGUGGGUCGUGGCCCACUUAAAAACAGCUUUGUGCAAGUAUCUUAAAAUCUGAUGGUUGGAGAUAUGGAUACCCUAAUAAUAAAAAAGCACUCCAGAGCUUCCUACUUUUUUGGUCUUGGAUCUCUAAAGCUGCAUUUAAUGUUCUCUCAUGUUUAUCGGAUUCAACUUAAGUGCUUUUGUCUCCUCUGUGGCUUAGCUCUAAAGAAGGCAGAGAGUAGCAGUGGAGACUCCAGUGAUGAUUCAGACUCGGAAGAAGAAACAAAUACUGCAACAAUCCAGGUAGUUCCAACUACUGCAGGAGUGGGGAACGACCAGCUCACGGGCUGGAUGCAGCUCAUGGCACUUUUGAAUCCAGCCAGCUCUUUGUCCUACUUCCCUUUACCAUACUUGGAGGGAAAAGGUCCCAUUGGAGCAAAACGGGGUGGGAAAGAAGGGGAGUAACAGUGGGUAACCUAAAGAAAAUGGAUCCCCUGGCCAUCACCAGCCGACCCUGCCAACUUUUGGCUUUGAUCCUGCUUACCACUGGCUCCAGCCCACCCCUGGUAUUGUGGCCCCAAGGGCAAGUGACACUUGUCAUAGAAAUGGCUUCCCACUCCUGAUCUAAGAGCUCCUUUUAGGACAAAGAGAGUUUUACAUACCUUGGCUAGGAAGGCUCUGUGCACACACUUCAUCCUAUGGCUGAGAGAAGUGGUAGUCUCCGUCCUUGCCUCCCAAAGACAAGUGAAUAUCAGAGAGCUACUUCCACAUACAGUGGUACCUCGUGUUAAGUACUUAAUUCGUUCCGGAGGUCUGUUCUUAACCUGAAACUGUUCUUAACCUGAAGCACCACUUUAGCUAAUGGGGCCUCCUGCUGCCGCUGCGCUGCCGCUGCACGAUUUCUGUUCUCGUCCUGAAGCAAAGUUCUUAACCCAGGGUACUAUUUCUGGGUUAGCGGUGUUUGUAACCUGAAGCGUAUGUAACCCAAGGUACCACUGUAUAACUGUUCCUCCCACUGCUUUGCUUGAACGUCUCCUCAUGUCCCAAUCUCGCUGCGUGGGAAAAGCUUAAAUAUUGGGGUGGAACUUUCCAGGCUAAUCUCUUCCCUAUGCAUUUAAUUUUCAUUGUGCCAGGAGAUUUGGACACUGGGGUGCUUUCGUGCAAGCAGUUUCCCCCAUGUGAAUGUUAAUGCAUGUGCCUGUGCUAAUAUUUGAAUUGGCUCUCCGGAACAUCGCUCUAAACCAGCCUCCCCCAGUUUGAUGCCCUCCAGGUGUUUUUGGAUUACACCGCCCAUCAGCCCCAGCCUGUUUUUGGGCUCCUCUGUCCGACUAGGAAAAGCAGAGUUAUUUGACUGCUGCUUUAAAAUGGGAACUGCUGUCAACUUCUGCUUUCUUCCCUGCCUUUUUCUGUGUUUCUUGUCCUGUCUGCUUUCCCCCCUUUACUCUUCCUCUUUCUUCCCCACCUUUGAUGCCUUUGCUUUCCCAGCCUCCGGCUGAGCCCACUCACAUCCUUCUUAUGAUGUCUUCUGCCACCUGAAAACUUGCAAGGGAAUGCAGAGACAGUGGCUACAUGUCAUUUCUUCCAUUUCUGUAUUCCCUCCCCACCACACACUGCCAGCUCCAGGGCUUCAGCAGCACAAGAGGGUAGCACUGUGUGAUGAGAUCGUGUGAUCAUAACUCAUUGGGAUGACUUAUUAGGUCAUUGGAUCAAGGAGAGAAUAGGCCUGCCAAUUGUUAGGGCCCAUCCAAACAUCCUUAUCCUGCCUGUUUGGGCAUUGUAACAGUUCCUCCUGUUCAUUUGGUAGGAUAGCAGGUAUAAAUAUUUGAGGUGCAGUGCUGGUGGUGAGGUCACAUUCAUUAUGCACCAUGUUAGUUCUCCCCGGUGUAUUACUGCCUAUCUUCCUUCUUUUGUUUGGGUUCUAUGUGUGUCCUGGGAUCCUUUAUAUACAUUUGUUCACUAUCAGUAUUCUUUAAUUCAAGGUGCCCAUUUCAAAGCGGAGGGGUUUUGAAUGAGAUGUUGAAAGUUGGUUGGCCCUGAAUUCUGGGUCUUGCCUACCUAACCAUGGUCCAAUGCCAGAUUCCAAAACCGCUUGGGAAUCGAGGCAACUUGCAGUUUAGGUGCUUGGAGGACUGUGACCAUGUAUUGCUUUCUUAUCAAAGACAUGUUCCUUGAGAACUUCCCAGCUCUCUCAGUUGCCGUGCGCCUAUUUUAACUUUCCUGUUGUUGUAGGUAAAACCAGCUGUGGAAAGCAGGCAGGUUGACACGACGCCGACAAAAAGUGUGCCAGCCACCACUGUACCGUCCAAAGGAAAUGCAGUAAAGGCAUCUCCCGCAAAGAAAACAGCACAACAAACCAGAGCAAGAUCUGGAAAUGUGGCUAAAACCACGAAGCCAGCAGACAGCUCUGAGACAAGUGACUCGUCUGACACUGAGAUCGAGGAACCCUCCUUGGCAACACAGGUGAGACAUCCUGGACAUACCUGCCCUUCCUUUCUCUCCCUAAGGCAGGGUACUUGUGACCUUCCAGGAACUACUGGGCUACAACUCCCAACAUCCUGACCAUGCUGGCCGGGGCUGGUGGAAGUUUUAGUCCAACAACAUCUGGAGCACCAUACCUUUCCCAUACCUGCUGUAAGCCACUAAGCACAAAAUCCAAGAAGGGAUGCUAGCUUAAAAAUGGGCUACAUUUGGCCAUCACAUACCCAAGCCCCCAAACCAUGGGUUAGGGGCUCAGCAGUAUAUUGACUGGAUGUAGGGGGGAAAUCAAUUUCCCCCAAAAUGCCAGUAACAGAAUGCAUUGCUAUUCCUAAAAUUAGCCAAUUCAAAAUGAAACACUCUAAUUGUGUAGUUUGGUUUGAUGGCACAUAGCUGUGUUUAUGUAAGUCCGUUCUUAGUGAUGUGGGCUGCUUCAAAGUACAGUGGUACCUCAGUUUAAGAACAGUCCUGUUUACGAACUAUUCGGUUUACGAACUCUGCAAAACCGUAAGUAGUGUCCCGCUUUGCGAACUUUGCCUCAGUCUAAGAAUGGAAGCCGAAUGGUGGAAGGGCACUGGCGGCGGGAGGCCUCAUUAGGGAAAGCACACCUUGGUUUAAGAACGGACUUCCAGAACGGAUUAAGUUCGUAAACCAAGGUACCACUGUAUCUGGGAAAGUGGCAUAGCGGUGUUUCAAAGGAGUUAGUUUUAUUAUUUGUUCAAAUGAACCUGAAACAAAAAUCGCUGACACUCCAACCACAGGAUAAAUCGGCGUGUGCCUCUUAUGACUCCAAAACAAGUUGCUCAGCCUUGAAAGUUGCUUCCCAAAACCUGUUUGCUGAUUUGUUUUUAAUGUUGGGAUUUAUUCAUUUUUAAAGCCUUACAUAUGAACCACUUGAGUUCAUGAAUUGGCUUUUAUCUGUUCGAUUCCAUUCUUCUAAUCUUAAAAAUAGGCAAAGUCACCUGGAAAAACCCCUCAGACCUUCUCAUCCCCAGUGAAAAAUGCAGCAGCACCCAGUCUGCUGUCAACCAAGACAGUCUCUGUUCCAGCUCUGUUGAAGCAAACGCCAAAGACUUCCGCAGUGAAACAGCCACCUCCUGCCAAGGCUGCUGGCGGGGGGAAGAAAGCCGAGAGCUCAGAGAGCAGCGAGUCGUCAUCUGAGAGUGAGGAUGAGGCUCCCUCAGUUCCAGUAAGCCAGAAGGUUAGAAAUGCAUUGCUUCUACUUGAAAUAAUGGGAUUGACUCUGCCCCACCCCCGCCCCCUCCACCUUUCCUUACAUGACCUAACGCAUUCAGAAUUAUGUGUCUUCCUUGUGCAUGAAAUCUCCACUUUACAGGUUGCUUUUCUCAAUCCCCUGUCCUUGAUCACGCUUUUUAAGAAUCUCUCGGGCUGUCUCCAAUUCAGUUGGUUCCUCAGUGUGUUGCCAAUCUAGCUAAAGCGUAAUAAGCUUGCUUUUCUGAUGCUCACAUUUUAACAACAGGUCAUGACUGAUGAAGCAAAAAUGUUUUCCUUCACAACAUAACGUUUAUUACACAAUCACUAUUGGAACUGCUUUCCAAAUGUUGGACUCGUGUUACUGCUCCUCACUACGAAGCUUAAAAUAUGUUUAUAGCCCUUGUUGGUGUCACCUCGAUGCUCAGAAACGCAGUUGGUAAAUCUCUGCUGUUCAUGAUGCCCUUAUUGCCUUUUGGCCUCUUGCCUCAGUUCCCUGUCCUGUCUUGGGGUAUGUCUGUCCUCCGCAGCAGCUUUAAGGUCGCUGCUUUGAGUAUUUAGCAGUAUUUGGUCGAGUUUAGUUUCCUAAAAACUGCUGAUCUUUAAGACACUUCCUGGAAUUUUCAAAGCGUCAAUCUUACAAACCUCCGGAAUGUCAAAGGGAGCACAUCUUUCAAACUCCUAUAUUGAAUUAUUGCACCCUACCCAUUUUGGUUUUUUGUUGCUUUGUAGUCUUUGUUAAUUUUCUGCCUUGCAAAUAAUUUGUGUGACCACAGGCAUCUGGUUGGUGACUUGAUCCAGCAGGCUUUUAUCUUCUAGUGAGUCCAUCUAGCUCAGUCCUGUCUACACCGGCUGGCAGUAGCGCUCCUGGAUUUCAGAUAGAGCCUUCCCAGCCCUACCAGGAGAUGACAAGGAUUUUACCUGAGACCUUCUGCAUGCAAAGUCAUAAACUUUAGUGAUUAUUAAUGGAAGCAAGCAGUGAUUAAUGAAACCCUUUCCCAGAAGGGUUAGAGGAGGGCCUGGGUGGCACUUCAUUUGGAGUAUAACCAGAUAUGUUUUGUCAUGGCAAACUGCUGUGCACUUUGGAAGCUCUGGUUUCACUAUUGUUAGUUCUAGGGUCCCAUGUUCGUUUUUCUGGCUCUGUCAGAGAUGUGCUUUUUCCUCCUAACUCCCCCUUCUUUUUGAUUUGAAUAAUUCUGGUCACAGAACAUGAUCAGAAUGAGCCAGCUGGACAAGGUGUGUUGCACAGAUUUCCUUGCCAGCUUAUUGCAUUCAUUCUUGGGACACAACUGGAUGAGAAGUUAAGAAAGGCUUCCAGCUGUUAUAAGCGUCCGCCAGUCUUGGCAUCAGCCUCUCUUAAUAGAUGAAAGCUGCUCAGAAAACAUCUCUCUCUUUUUGCCCAGAGCCUUGUUCUACUCCCCAGCGCUCUUAAAAAUGCAGUAGACCAGAUGCUGGGCUGGUGGUUCUUUUUGAAAUGGCUGCUUUGAUUUUGCUUCCUUUGGGGGCCUUUGAACUUCAGUGUAAUUCAGCCCAACUAUAAUGUGCCUUGCUUGCUGCGUGGCUUUCUUCUAAGGCAAUUGAAUGGCAAAACUGAAUUUGGUGGAGGGGACAAACUUGCUUCUUGCUUUCUGCCCAUACCUCCUUUCAUGUUCUCAUGAGCUCUUUCAUGUUGUUGUUGGCAUCUGUCUGUCUCGAGAGACAAUGUACUUCUCCACAUAUCCUUAGGUCUUGUGUGCUAUGUGUGUAGGCCAUCCUUUAUAGCACUUAACAAAUCAGUGGGGUUUUGAAUUGGCCGAUAUUUUUGUCUCAUGUCAUUUGGAGAAAGCAACUGAAUUAAUUGGAGAGAUGAAACUUAAAACAUUAUGAAAGAUCUGCAUUUGAAUUAUAAGGAAAGGAUCCUGGUGCUUUUUCAGUUCAGUUUAGUCCUUUCCAUCUGCUUUGGAACAUACUUCAAUUUGCCAAAGCACUGUCCUCUUCUGAAACAAUUUUUAAUUAAAGGACAAUUCAGUUAGCCCUUCUUUUUUCCCUCGAGGCUUUCCAUUAUAUCUUUGAGCCUGAAAAUGUAACUGAUAGCUUGUUAAUGCAACUGAUAGCUUGUAAUACAAAUUUUUUAUAAUAGAUAAUGUCCUUUUUAUAAUAGAUAAUGUCCUUUUAAAUAUUUUUGUCUGUAGUGCUUGCUGUUCAAGCAGUUGAAUGCUCUGGUAUUUUGUUUGAUAGACUCCUUCCUCCUGGGAUUGCAGCCACUUUAUCAAGCUUUGCAAUGCCAUGCUUUGUGGGGGGUUGUUUCUCACAAGCACCUAGCUGGCUGCUGUGGGAAAGAGGAUUAGAGAGACCUUUGAUCUGAUCCAGUGGGCGGCCUCUCAUGUUUUUAUGAAGGGGUGUUAGAAAGUGUUUUUAUGUAGGGGUGUUAGAAAGUGGCUUACAUGCAGAGUUGCUUAGUUAGGGCAAGGUGAGAGCAAAGGUAAGGAGAAAAAGCCUGGAAAGAUAGGAUUAUACAUUAAUCCACAGUAAUAGUAAUAUUAUUUAAUUAUUUAAUUGUUUGUUUGUUUGUUUGUUUGUUACUUAUACCCUGCCCAUCUGGCCGGGCCUCCCCAGCCACUCGGGGUGGCUUCCAACAGAAUUAAAAGCACAAUAAAAAUCAGAAAUUAAAACAGCCUUCAGAUGUCUUCUAAAAGUCAGAUAGUUUUUUAUUCCCUUGACAUCUGAUAGGAAAAUGUUCCACAGGGCGGGCGCCACUACCGUGAAGGCCCUCUGUCUGGUUCCCUGUAACCUCAUUUAUCACAGUGAGGGAACCGCCAGAAGGCCCUCGGCGCUGGACCUCAGUGUCCGGGCUGAACGAUGGGGAUGGAGAUGCUCCUUCAGGUAUACUGGACCGAGACCGUUUAGGGCUUUAAAGGUCAGCACCAACACUUUGAAUUGUGCUUGGAAACAUACUGGAAGCCAAUGUAGGUCUUUCAGAACCAGUGUUAUAUGGUCUUGGCAGCCGCUUCCAGUCACCAGUCUAGCUGCUGCAUUCUGGAUUAGUUGCAGUUUUCUGGUCACCUUUAAAGGUAGCCCCACGUAGAGCGCAUUUCAGUAGUCCAAGCAGGAGAUAACUAGAGCAUGCACCACUCUGGUGAGACAGUCCGCGGCAGGGUCUCAGCCUGUGUAUCAGAUGGAGCUGAUAAACAGCUGACCUGGACACAGAAUUGACCUGCUCCUCCAUGGACAGCUGUGAGUCCAAAAUGACUCCCAGGCUGUGCACCUGGUCCUUCAGGGGCACAGUUACCCCAGUCAGUUCAAUGUAACCAAGUGAUUUAGUGCAGGUGGGGAAUGUCCUGUACAAUGUCAACCAUGUAGCUGCUCUGCCUGAAACAGCCAAGAUAAAAGGCAUUUCAAAGCACUAGUAGCAGACAGUUGCGCAGGUUUUCUGCAGGAUCACGAACCACCCGCUCCACCUGCUUCUGCAGCCAGCCAAAGCAUGCCAAGAGAAGGCUCUACUUUGUUUCUUCGGCCCAAUGAGCUCCAGGAGAGGAGGCGUUUCUGAAAUGUGUCCUGUGCGAAUUGAACUAAUUUGCUCCAAGAAGAAUUCUGAUGCCCUAGGGCCUAGAGUGAUCUAAUUUAGCGUGCUUUAUUUUACUUGCAUUUCGUAAACAAAGCUGAAAACUUUGAAACUUGCCUAAAAUUGUUCUUUCAGUUGGCAUCUAUUCACUGUUACUAACACAUUUAUGAAAUGGAAAAAUUUCCGCCCCAUGUCACUUGGCUGGCGGGAGUUCUAGCGCGAAACAUCUGAACAGCACGUGUUUCAGGAAGGCUGCUUUAAAGUAUGAAAUUUCAUUGCUUUAGGAUGCCACUUUUAUGGGAGGGGGCUUUCACAGCUGUAGGAUUCCCUGGGGAUUCGAUAGAGAAUACACACCACAGUUGGGGAAUACAAACCUAAAGGAAUAUUCCUUCACUUCAAGUCCUAAACUCUCAUGUCUGAACUUGAGUUCAGGUCAUGCAAAAUUGUUGUUGUUGUUUAGUCAUUUAGUCGUGUCCGACUCUUCGUGACCCCAUGGACCAGAGCACGCCAGGCACUCCUGUCUUCCACUGCCUCCCGAGUUUGGUCAAACUUAUGUUCGUAGCCUCGAGAACACUGUCCAACCAUCUUGUCCUCUGUCGUCCCCUUCUCCUUGUGCCCUCAAUCUUUCCCAACAUCAGGGUCUUUUCCAGGGAGUCUUCUCUUCUCAUGAGGUGGCCAAAGUAUUGGAGCCUCAGCUUCAGGAUCUGUCCUUCCAGUGAGCACUCAGGGCUGAUUUAAUUCAGAAUGGAUAGGUUUGAUCUUCUUGCAGUCCAUGGGACUCUCAAGAGUCUCCUCCAGCACCAUAAUUCAAAAGCAUCAGUUCUUUGGCGAUCAGCCUUCUUUAUGAUCCAGCUCUCACUUCCAUACAUCACUACUGGGAAAACCAUGGUUUUAACUAUACGGACCUUUGUUGGCAAGGUGAUGUCAUUCAAAAUAGCCAUGUCUAUUUCAGUUGCACUUAAAAACUGUAAUUAUCAGUCUUUCCCAUCCAGGAAUAUCCCUUUUUUUUUUCCUGUUUUGGGAGACAGAUUGGGGGCAAAUCAUAAGAAACCAAUGAAACUCAAAUAAACUCUUCAGCCAUGAAAAUAAAUCCUUCACUGAUGGCGGGUGUGUGUGUUUUGUUUUUUCCCUGUGGUGCAGAAAUUGCAAACUCCUCAGCCUCCCGCUGGAGCCAGACAAAAUCAGAUUGAUAAACCAGGCACCCCGGCGAAAGCUGUGUCGAGUGCUUUGAAGGGGAAGGAGAUGGAGAGUGAGAGCAGCAGCAGCUCAUCUGACAGUGAGGAGGAAAUGAUUCCUCCAACACAACAUAACCUGCCACCUCCUUUCGGUAAGAAGCCCCUGGUUUUCAUUGGUGCUUGGGGGCCUCUUGUUUUCAGCUUCUCUGUAAAAAAUUUUUGCCUGAGCAUUGGGGGCUCCGGAGUAACAAACAGCUUCCCUAAGGGUAAAAGCGCGCACACCCACACCCACAAAUGCGCUCUCAAGUGCCAAAACACAGGAACAGAUGCCAAUUAUUCUGAAACUGAUGUGAGGAACUUGUCAGUGUUCCAAUUCUGUAUUUGUUUUGUUUCAGAACAUACUUCCAAAUUGGCUGAAGGGACUGUACUUUUUGAGGAGGGGUGAGGGGGGGGUCUCAUUGUUUCUGGUUCCUCAUAGCGUAUGCCAAGCAGAUCCAUUUCUGAGUGAUGAGCUCCCCUUGGAGGCUGAAGAAAAUAGCCAGUAAAAGUGGCUUCAUGCUUCUUGGGCUAUUCAUAAAGGAACGUUGUUAGCAGCUAUGAAACCCUCUCUGGAAUAUUCUUUGCUUUGCUGCUUCUGUGAAGUUGAAAGACUUGGUGUGAAACCAUCUUAAGUCAUGGGAGGAAACCAGCGUGACAGCUUGCAGAGCCAGGGAGAGCUUUGCGCUCAGUUUUUGUGACUGAGAAUUUUUGUACACAGCUAUCACUUUAUUACUCCACACCAAUGGUUUUUAGCCAGUGUGCCAUGACACCCUGGGGUGCCUUGAAUGAUGGUCAGGGGUGCCGUGGGCAAAACUGGUCUCCUUCCCUCUUUCCUUCCCUCGCCCCUCUGAUUCCCUCUUGCGUCUCUGCCUCCCAAAGGCUUGCACAGCUGUUUGUUGCAGCAGCCCUGGCUACAAGCUCCCCAGGCGAAUGGUGCCUCUGGAACUGGCUAGGGGGUGUUUCCCAGGCCCCUGUGGGGCAGUGCGAGGAGUGAAGAGAGUUAUCCAUCCCUGUGGUACAGCAUGAGCCUACACUGGAUAUCUCUAUGUUCAGAGACUGUUUUUCAGCAAAUGCUAUGCCCCAAAUUGCCUAGCAGGUUUCACUGUUUCAUAACACGAGCAGUAAAAAAUAUGCCUGGAAUCUUACAGUGAUGAAGGAGGAGAAGCCCUGAGGGACUAGAUGUUCUCCAAAAUUUCGACAUUCCUGUAGAAGCUGCCUCUUUCCAUGAAAUAAUAGAACCCACUGUAAGAUGUUGUGUUGCAAUGUAAACCCGAGAAUUCAAGGACGCUUAGCAACAGAAAAGCUGCGAGAGUGUGUGUACCCUCUCUUUGGGCCAUUCCGUGGUCUUUUUGAAAGCUUAUUUCUUGCAAAACCUUAAAAAUGAGAGAUCCAGUAUGUUGCACCCAGCGGACAGAAAGAGUGGGAGAUUUGGCAUAGGGCAGCUCAAGUUCUGGUCUUCCCACACCCAUUAAAUGGCUUUGGGCAAAUUCUUGGCCUAACUUUACAUUUCAGCGUUGCUUAACGAUAAAAUGCAUGUAACUUCAGUGCAUACCACCCCAAGUUUCAUGGAGGUAGGUUGGGACACACAUGUAGUGACAUAGUACAGUGGAACCUCGGUUUUCAAAGGUAAUCAAUUCCAGAAGACUGACUUCUGAAAUGUUUAGAAACUGAGGAUCAAUGGGCGGUUGGCAAAAUCCAUUGAAAAAAUGGGAAAACACACAGCAGAGGCCGUUCAACUUCCAAGGCACGUUCGAAAAUGGAAGUAAUUACUUCCGGGUUUUUGGCGUUCAGGUUCUGAAUUGUUCAGGUUCCGAGACGCUCGAAAACCACUGGUUCCACUGUAGCAUGCUUGAAUAGUGCAUAUGAUUUAAACGUGUGCUGCACUGACUACUGCUUGGUGUCUUAAAACCAUCACCUCUCAUCUUUCAAAGCAUGGGUUGCAUCUGUUGCUAGGCCUACACAGAGUAGACCCAUUGAAACGACUAGUUUAGAUCCAUCAAUGUCAAUGUUUACUCUGAAACGUAAUUUCUAUGUUUACUCUGAGUAAACCACGGCUGAAUAUGACCUUGUGUGAGUUAUUAGGAUUUCUGGCGCGGCUCUUAGUCUUUUCCCUGCUACCCUUUGGCACCAGCGCACAGGAGGCAGGAAGCUGCCUUAUCCAAAGUCAAGCUCUUCGUCCAUCUUGCCCAGCAUAUUCUACUCUGACUGGCAGCAGCUCUCCAGAAUCUCCAGCAAAGUACUUUUCCUCAUCACCUGCAGCAAAAGAUGGAACCUGGGACAUUCUGUAUGCCAAGCAAGUGUUUCCCACUGAACUAUGACCCCUUUCCCUGAGUUAACAUGCAUUUGCAAUGCCUUUCUUUUUGCCACCAUGAUCAUGGAAAAGAAGAGUGUGUGAGGUUUUAAUGGAGAUAUUGGGAAACUUCCCCCACAAUUUUAUCAUGUUUGGUCUAUCUGAACUAACUGUACAAAGAUGAGGCAUUACUGCACUGCAUGGCUUGGCUAUUUUCUUUUUUUUCCGGGGAGCUUAGACCAGCUAAAGGUUAAAGGAAUUGUCCUUCAAUGAGUUCUCUUUUCAGUUGCAGUGCAAUGGAUUUGCUUUUUUAAAAAGGCUUUCAUCUAAAAAUCUUUCUCUCCUGCUUGUAGGUUUGACAGGUUUUGUAGUUUGGGGAGGGGGAAUACCAGGCAGCAGCUUAUCUGUCACCAGCAGGUAGCUGCUAAUAAGAUCUAGACUUCACGGCUGCAGGCUGGAUCCCAACAGACUUCCUGACAUACCGUAUUUUUUGCCCUAUAAGACACACUUUUUCCCCUCCAAAAAUGAAGGGGAAAUGUGUGUGCGUCUUAUGGGGCGAAUGCAGACUCCUUGGCUUCAGCGAUAGCAACGCGAAGCCUCCGAAGCCUGCACUCCGGAGGCUUCGCGUUGCUUCCGCUGAAGCCAGGAGAGUCUGCUCUUUGAGGCUGGCGGUGGGGGAAAGCAGCGCUUCCCCCAUCGCCAGCCCCAGAGGAUGGGCGGCAGCAGGAAGGCGCGCGACGCCUUGCCGCUACUCUCCAACCCGGCUUCGAGGCUGGCGGUGGGGAAUGUUGGUUUCUGCUUUCCUUCACUGUGCAGCUCUGCUUGUCACGAGACAGGUGUUUACAUUCCACAGUCUGUACUGUUGGAGUUUCUCACGGGAAAGGGAGACUGGAUGUGACGUACACUGGUUUCCUGUUUUUCACUGUCGUGUGAUUCUCUCCGAGCUGUCGAGGAGAGAGGAUGCAUUUUCUGCUCCUGCAGAGGCAAGAUGUCUUUCUGUAAUAUACCAGCUUUGAACUGUAAAUAAAGCAAUAUAGAGUAUGUAGCACGUAUUCCUCAUCCUUCCGCUGGGCACGACAGACUCUGCUUUAAAUCAACACGUGGUUAUGGGCCCAGAGGUCGAAUCGGAGUGCCGGCAAAGGAUCGGAAUGCAGAGGGACGGAUCGGAAAGGAAUCUGCUCUGCGCGUAGAAGUGAUUGAUGAGGUAUGUGCUACUGCUCCGGGCAGCCUGCCAGCUUCAAGUUAAUGGCUUUAUGGCUGGACUUUGAACUUUAAAGCCGGUUUUGCCGGGAACAGGCAAAAGGCUCCCAGGCACAAGUCACUAUGCUGGGGAAAUCGAAGUAACUUUUAAGUGCGCUUUUGUAAUAAAGCAGCUGCAGCAGUGACGCAGCAAGAUUUAAAGCAGCAAUAUAUGACGCUGAAGGCUAAUGCCAGAGUCAUGAUGGCCCUUCAGGAUGCUUGUGGGAUUCCUAAGCUCAACAAGAAAAAUUACAGCGACUGGGUUCAGUAUGCAGAGGCAAUUCUGCGGAAAGAGGGUUUGUUUGAGGUGAUUACAGGAACCCCCCCAGUUCCAGUUACAGAUGCAUGGAAAGCUAAGGAUUCCAAAGCAAGGGGAACUCUUACAUUGAUAGUAUCCCCAGAAGAGCUCUGUCUAUUGCGUGAUAAGACCUCAGCCAGAGAAAUUUGGGACGCUCUGAGAGAGGCUCACUUAAGGACAGAAGCUGGAUCCACUAUGUUUUACUUUAACAAGCUGCAUAAUAUGGCUCUUGCUGAAGGUGGAGAUGUGCGUUUACAUCUGAUGCAGAUGCAAAAUCUGAGACAUGAGCUGCAACAGAGAGGACUCAACUUUCCAGAGGCUGUGUAUUCUUUCAUGAUACUACAAUCUUUGGGUUCAGGUUGGGAGUCUGUUGCAACCCAGAUUGCUGUGCAACCAACUGCUCAGCUGACAGUGGACUUUGUUACUGCCGUGAUUUUAAAUGAAGCAGAUCGCCGGGGUGCUAGCUGCAUGGGCAAGGGGGAGUCUUCACAGACGUCAUCCCAUAGUGCAGUGGAACCACCAGAUGGCGCCAAAGCUUUGAAGGCAGUGAAAUGCUACUCGUGUGGACGUCUAGGCCAUAUGAAGAGGGAAUGCAGACAUCCCAGGGCCAAGACAGAGCAGCGCAGCGAAAGCUCAUCGCGCGGAAAAGGCCGAGGCAAAGGCAAAGGUCCGGUGUCUAGGACAACGCAGCACAAGGCUAUGGUUUCACGCUUCACUCCAAAGGUUGCAGAGGUCCAGAAGACGUCUAGAUCUUUCUUCGUUGUUGAUUCAGCGGCCACCCACCACAUGUGCAACGAUAAGAAACUGUUUGUGUCUUUUACACCGCAGGAAGGUGCGAUUCACCAGGCGGAUGACCACACUAUUCCCAGUAAAGGCUACGGAACUGUUGUUCUUCACAGUUUGGACUUAUCGAUACAGAAUGUGCUUUACGUGCCAGACGCCAAACAUAAUCUGCUCAGCGUUGGACAGCUGAAUGAGCGGAACAUUGACGUUUCCUUCAAGAACAAGAAGUGCAUCAUCACAAAGAAAAAUGAUUAUGUAUUGCAUGCAGAAUAUGUUGAUCAUUUGUUUGUUUUGUAUUAUGAUGAUGUGGUGCAGGAUGACACUUGUUGCAUUGCAGGUUCUAACAAAAGUUUGCAUGCAGAAUGUAUUCACGAUUUUCAUCGAAAAUUUGGUCAUUUGCAUUUUGAGGCAGUAUCUAAAAUGCCUGCCUUGGUUGAAGGUAUGACUAUUAAACCCUGCAGGUACCACAUGAAGUGCAAAGCAUGCGCAGCAAACAAGGUGAAAAUGGCUGCGAAAGGUAAGGUGUCUAGUAGGAAAGCUACAGAACCAUACCAGGUUGUUCAUGCUGAUUUGGUUGGACCACUAGCGCCCUCUUUGGGUGGAAAUAGAUACUUCAUGGUUCUCAUUGAUGCAUUUUCUAGAUAUAUUUUUGUGUACAAUCUCAAGCAGAAAUCGGAGGCUUUUCCUAGGUUCAAGGAAUUCUGUGCUUGGUUGGAAAAUGUGCAUGGUAAGAAGAUAAAGACUCUUUUCAGUGAUCGCUGGGGGAAUUCACUUCUCAGCAGUUUGAAGCUUUUCUGACUGAGAAAGGAAUUCAACACGAUUUGUCUAGUCCUCGCUCGCCAUGGCAGAAUGGACUUGCGGAACGGGCAAAUCAGACAUUGCUUCAAGGGUUAAAAACCUUGCUGCAUGAUGCCAAUCUUCCAGAGAGUUAUUGGGCCGAAUCUCUCUCGUGUUUUGUUUACAGUUACAAUCGCAGGUUAUCUUCAGCGAUUGGUUGUACUCUCUAUGAGAAGAUGUUUGGCAAGAAGCCAUACAUCAAACACAUGAAGAUUUUUGGUUCUGACAUGUGGGUUCGCUCACCACAAAACUCCAAGUUAGACAAGCGUGGAUUGCAUGGUAUCUUUCUAGGUUAUCAGAAAGGGUCUUACAGAAUAAUGAUGACUGACUCUAAGACAAUUAAGCUCACGAGAAGUGUUGAGUACAAUGCAAAGUGGGGGAGAAUGUGGGAAUUUUCCAAUGUUAUCCUGAUGACGGUGAUGAGACUGAGGAUAGUCAAGCAACCACAACAGCCCACACCCACUGAUGAAGGUUCUGAGUCUGAAUCUGAAACUGAAUCGGGUGAUUCAGAGGAUUUCAAGAGUGCGAAAGCCUCUAUGCGACCCUCUGAAAGCUCUGAUCAAGAAUUGGAGGAACCAUUGUUCACAAUAGGUCGUUUUUCUCCUAAGAAGGAAGAGGAGAGUGUUGAAGACUUAAGGCUAAUUCGUAGGUCACAGAGAGCUACAAAAGGCAAACCUCCAAAGAGAUUUGCUGAUGAGUUUGCUAAGAUAGCAGUAACAGCUGUUAAAAGCUCCAAGAAGGUAUUUGAACCUUCAAGUUUCCAAGAAAUCCAGGGUUUGGAUUCAAAGGAAGCUGAGCCAUGGUUAAAUGCCAUGAAGGCUGAGCUUGAUUCCUUAGAAAGGAACAAAACAUGGGAGCUAGUUCCAGUAGUUCCAGGAAUGAAACUGCUUGAAGCAAAUGGGUCUUCAAAGCGAAGACAGAUCAAAAUGGCAAGAUAGUCAGACACAAAGCCAGAUUGGUAGCCAGAGGUUUUGCACAGGUACCAGGUGAAGACUAUCACGAGACCUAUUCACCCACAGUGAGAUAUGAAAGCAUUAGGCUUAUGCUCAAGCUAGCUGCAGAGGAAAAUCUACACAUUAGUCACCAUGAUAUUAAUACAGCUUUUCUGUACGGAUCUCUAGAUGAAUCACUUUAUAUGCUUCCACCUGAUGGCGUACAGGUAAAACAGGGAUUUGUUUGUGCUCUGAAGAAAUCCCUUUAUGGUCUCAAACAAAGUGCACGGUGUUGGCACACAAAACUCACUGAAGUAUUGUUUUCUCUAGGUUUUCAGCAAGGGAAAGCUGAUCCAUGUGUAUUUGUCAAAGAGGAGGGGCAAAAGAAACUGUACUGUUUGUUUUAUGUUGAUGAUUUAUUAUUCUUUUGGAAAGAUGUCGCAAUGUACAAUAGCGCCCUAGCUCAACUGAAAGAGCACUUUGACAUGAAAGAUCUUGGUGAGGUAAACAACUACCUAUCUCUGGAAAUAGAGAGAGAUCAAGAUGGUAACAUUCUAGUACACCAGUCACGGAAAAUUGCUGAUGUGUUAAGCAAACUAAAUCUGAUGGAUGCUAACCCUGUAGACACACCGAUGACAACAGGUUAUCAGGUAGAUGACACUGAAGAAGCAUUUUCUGACACUACACUGUACAGGAGUGUGCUAGGCAAGCUAAACUUCAUUGCCAGAUGUUCAAGACCAGACAUUGCUGUUAGCUGUAAUUUGCUAAGCAGACAAGUCAACAAUCCUAGUGUCAAGGAUUGGAAAGCUCUGAAACGCAUAGCGCGGUAUUUGAAAGGCACUAUGCAUUACAGACUGAGAUUUAACAAUCAGAAGUCUGGUGGUCUUGAGAUAUUUGCAGAUGCAAGUUUUGGAAGUGACGCUACAGACAGGAAAAGUACGUCUGGAGUUUGCUACAUGUACAAUCAGAGUCUGUUUGAUUGGUCAUGCAAGAAGCAAACAACAGUUAGCUUAAGUACUUGUGAAGCCGAACUGAAUGCACUGUCUUAUUCACUUAAGGAUUGUGAAUGGUUAGUACAAUUGUGCAAAGAUAUGAAAAUUCCUGUCAAAUGUCCAAUCCAGGUUUACCAGGACAACAAAGCAUGUUUGGCUUUGCUGAAGUCUGAAGGUUGUAAGCAAAGCACAAAGCACUUGCAAUUAAAGUUGCAGCAUGCUAGGGAAUGUAUUCAGAAGGGACUCGUAACGGUGUCCUAUAUGCCAGGUAAUGAAAUUCCUGCUGAUGUAUUGUCCAAGCUUGUAUCGAGGAUCAACACUGUACCUAUGUGCAGAAGUUGGGUUUGUACUGAUAUUGUACAAACACGCUGCCCAGUGAUGUUCACAGAAAGGGGAGGAUGUUGGUUUCUGCUUUCCUUCACUGUGCAGCUCUGCUUGUCACGAGACAGGUGUUUACAUUCCACAGUCUGUACUGUUGGAGUUUCUCACGGGAAAGGGAGACUGGAUGUGACGUACACUGGUUUCCUGUUUUUCACUGUCUGUGUGUGAUUCUCUCCGAGCUGUCGAGGAGAGAGGAUGCAUUUUCUGCUCCUGCAGAGGCAAGAUGUCUUUCUGUAAUAUACCAGCUUUGAACUGUAAAUAAAGCAAUAUAGAGUAUGUAGCACGUAUUCCUCAUCCUUCCGCUGGGCACGACAGACUCUGCUUUAAAUCAACAGGGAAAGCAGCGCUUCCCCCAUCGCCAGCCCCAGAGGAUGGGGGGCAGCAGGAAGGCGCGCGACGCCUUGCCGCUACUCUCCAACCCGGCUUCGAGGCUGGCGGUGGGGAAAGCAGCGCUUCCCCCAUCGCCAGCCCCAGAGGAUGGGGGGCAGCAGGAAGGCGCGUGACGCCUUGCCGCUACUCUCCAACGCGGGUUUGAGGCUGGUGGUGGGGAAAGCAGUGCUUCCCCCAUCGCCAGCCCCAGAGGAUGGGGGGCAGCAGGAAGGCGCGCGACGCCUUCCCACUACUCUCCAACCCUCCUUUGGGCUUUUGCAGGAGAUGGGGGAAUUCCCCCACCUCCUGCAAAAGCAGAGCCGCACGCCUUAAGGGCUCGCGCUUGCGGGCUUUCAGGAGGUGGGGAAUCCCACCUCCUAGAAGCCCGCAGGAGCCACACCCUUAAAGAGCGAGCGGCUCUGGGGCUUUUCUAGGAGGAGAAGGGACUGACUGGCAGAGUCAGUCCUCUCUCCUGCGGCUUUUGCGGGAGAUGGGGAAUUCCCCACCUCCUGCAAAGCCCGCAGCCUCACGCUCUUUAAAGGCUCACGGCUCUGCGGGCUUUCUACGAGCUGGGAAUUCCCACCUCCUAAAAGCCGCAGGGCCGCACCUUUAAAGCGCGCGUCUUGGGGCUUUCCGAGGAGGGAGAAGGGACUGACUGGCCGUUUCAGUCCCUUCUCCCUCCUGGUCGAAAAGCCCGCAGGAGUCACGCGGGGCUCCUGUGGGCUUUUGCGGGAGGUGGGGGAAUUCCGCCACCUCCCACAAAAACAGGGAGAAGGUCUUGGAGUAGCGCACAGGCUGCGUGCAGCCUGUCCACUGCUCCCAGAGCUGCGGGGGGGAAAUCAUAUUUUUUCCCUUGAUUUCCCCCCCUGAAAACUAGGUGCAUCCUAUGGGCCGGUGCGUCCUAUAGGGCGAAAAAUACGGUAUUUGUCCAGAAGCUGGAGGGGAAGACGUUUCUCGGUUCGGGGUCCAGCUUUUCUAGUGGGACCAUGAACUGCGAUGAUCUCCAAUUCCUUCCUGUUUUUCUUCAACCAGUACUAGGAAAUCACCAGCAAGCACUGACAUGACCUUUCCAAGAGAGCAGCGGCUGUUCCUGAAGUCUGUGUUUCACUUCCUUUCUGUUCCUUUUUUUCAUUUAAGAAGAAAUGGCUGCAGCCACAGGUCCAGAGUGCAUGAGCUCCUAUCUACAGAUGAAGCUAUCUUAUCAUAAGAAGCUGCCUCAAUACCAAGUCAAGCCAUUGUCUUAUCUAACUCAGUAUUGUCCACAACAGAUGGGGAACCUGUGGCCCUCCAGGUGUCACUAAACUCCAGUUUCCGCCUCAACCAGCAUUGCCCAAUGGUCAAGGAUGAUGGGAGUUGUAGUCCAACAAUAUCUGGAGGGCCUAAUGUUCCUGGACUGCAAUGGUCAGCAGUGGCUCUUUAGGGUUUCAGGCAGAAAUUGUUCCCAGCCCUACCUGGAGACACCAGGGAUUGAACCUGCGGCCUGCCUGCAAAGCAUAUGCUCUGGCACUGAGCUGCAGCCCCCUUAAGCUUUAACCCAUUGAGCUGUUGUCUCACCUCCUUAUUUCCUUUUAGCAACCAAGGCAAACGCUGCACCUCAGGUGGUGUCUGCUGCAAAGUCCCUGCCCUCACCAGGAGGACCACUUCAGAAGGCCCAGGAGAGUGAAGACAGUAGCCAGGAUUCUAGCGAUGAGUCUGACUCUGAAGAAGACAAAGUGUUCACCCAGGUAACUGAGAAAGCAAGGAGGGCAGAAACUUCCACCUCUAUAACUCCGGCUGUGCUUCUCAUCCUGGUCCUAAGCUCAUGGUUGCUUGCUUUGCAAAGCUUGAGGCGUGUGCUUGCGUCUGGUGUGUUCAGAACCAUUUUUUUUAGAAUAUAAAAAGAAAGCCUCGAAAAUUUGCUGAUUGGCUGUUUAGCAUGGAAUGAGGAUGAGGAUCUGGAAUUGGCCUCCUGCUUCUGAAAAUCUGACAAGUGGGACGUUGGCUUCUUCAAAAGAUCUGGCUUUGAGAUUGUGAAGGGGUUGCUGUGUGUGCAGGGCCCCUUUUGCUCACAGUUGCUCAUUCAGGUAACGGACUGUGUGCACUCACAGCCCCUAGCUAUAGAUUUGGGCAUUUGUGUUUACUCAACGGCUGUGCCAUUCAGCUCAGGCUGUAGGACACAGAGUGAGAAUGAAGUGGUCGUGGUCGGCUAGGAACACUCCUCUGGCCUUGAGGUUGCAUGGAGCUCUACCUAGUGCUUGCAGAUAGUUGGAUUGCUUUUUUCUAGUAGCCUUGUUGUCCCCUCCCUCCCCAAAUUUCUGUUCCACAUUUUGGAUUCCAGAUCUGCUUCUGAAAACAGUUCUAGGGCUUUCCACUCUUAAAAGCCACUGUUCCUUGGAAGUCUCAAAAAAGAAGAAACAGGCAGGUGCUUGGGUAGAACCAGUGCAGGAGUUGCCAAGACUGUUCCUAGUGGUGAAUAAAUACGUAGUUAUUAUUUUGCACAGCUGACAGAUUUGGGUUUUAAAAAAAUAAUAAUAUUGUUUUCGUUAAUCCAAGUAUAACAUAUACAACACGGCUGAAGCAUAUAAUACAAUAUAUGCAUGCUGGAUGCAUAAAAUAUAUUUUAUAUUAUUGUGCCAGGUGUAGCAUAUUAUGAAGAACACAUGAAAACCCCACAAAAACUCCAGCCAGUGGUGCAGGUUGGGAGAGGCUGGUAACCAACAAUCUGAAUAGUAUUUUGUCUGAAAAUUAAAAAUCUAGGGAAGGCUUGCAGCUUACAUACAGGGUUGCAAAAAACAAAACAAAACACCAUUCUGUUUCAGAAUGUGUCUUCAAUGUUCUAAGCGUUACUGAAAUGUACCCAAGCUAGCCAUGUAUUAUUUUUGUAAGCAGCUUUGGGUCAGUUUUGUUAGGAAAAUGACUAAUUAUAUAUUAUUAUCAAUAAUAAUAAUGUCUGUUAAUUUCAGUGGGUCUACACUGAGUAUAACAGCCCAUUAUACUUAUGAGCACCAUUACUAUCACCUUGCUUCUUGGGGGAAGCAACUGUGGUCUUCUUAAUGGAGGCAGCAAUUAAACUUUUUUUUAAAAAAAACCCUUAAAAAUGUGAGGUGAAUGGCAACAUAAGGGCAAGUAGAAAGAUGGAGCAGAAAUUUAACAACAUAAAAUAAAUAUAUGUGCAUAUUUUGUUAUAUGUUGUAUUUGUUGUUUGGUAACCUAGACCUUCACAGAAAUAAAUUCCCUUGAGUUUCUAUGCAUAUAGAGCUUCUGCUCUUGUCACAAUCUAAUUAUGUAAUAAUCCUCCCUUUUCCUAGAAACCAGCUCAGGAAACUCUGAAACCCACACCCGCUCCUGCGAAAGCUCCAGCUGCAAAGAUGGCAGGUGCCACAUCAGGCAAAGCAGGCAAUGCUCAGCCAGCAGGAAAAGUUGGAACAGCAAGCCCAAUGAAGCCUGCAGCUGCCUCUCUCCAGAAAGCUGCAGAGAGCUCAGAGACCGACAGCUCUGAUUCUUCAGAGGAUGAGGUGGCGGCUGCAAAGCCUGUGAAACAGGUAAAAAGAGAAUCCGUUCUGCUGCACAGAAUCAAAGAGUGCAGCUGUACUAGUGACUCAGACUUCAGGUGUGAAGCUGCCUGGUCCCCAGCACUAAUGACACCUUUCCCUUCUCAAUAGCUUCUUGAGGCAGUGGGGAUACUAGUGUCAUAAGGGUCCAUGGUGACUGUCAUUGUCCAUAGGCACUUUGGUAGGGCUGCUUUACUUCUCUCGGCAUGGAUUUCCCUUGCCUUUCUCCCAUCACCUCUGAUCUUUCUUAAGUGAUAGCACUUUACUGCCAAUUAUGUAAAUUCUUGUCUUUUGUUUAUUGCAACAUUUAUAUCCCAUCCUUCUAGUAUAAACAUGCCACUUGGGUGGCCCAAAACCGAUAAAAAUUACAAAUCCAUUAAAAAAAGUAUAAAAAUUACAAAAGAAACAGAGAUCAGUCAUUUUAUCUCCCGAUACCAGCGUUGGAAGUUGUUAAUAUAAUAAUGUGCUUUUUUAAAACAAAAAAUAAAGAUCAACUACUUGAGCUUCAUUGUUGCUGGCCUCCUAAGGAAUACCCAGUGAUGGGGAACGGAGUUGCCCUGAAGAUUCGCAUUGUUCAUGUGUGAUAUGUGGCAAUAGAAACAAUAAUGUUUGAACCUGCUUUCUUUAGGCAUAAGAAUAGUCCGUUAAUUCCAAGAAUGGCUGGUUGUGAAGUUUGCACCCUCUUCUUUUAACUUCUAAUGGACAUUUCUGAUUUUGUAUCUUCCUGCAGCCCCCCAUUCACCCCUUUUUUCUGCCGAAAGCAGUAAAAACACCUGCUCCUCCAGGGAAGCGUGCACAGGCCAGCUCUAGUACACCCAACUCUGUUUCCACCAAGUGCCAAAGCCCUGCUUCAGUAACAACGGGGAAGGUGGAGCAGAGCUCCUCCAAGAAGCCUAAACUAAGCCAAGCUCCACCUGAUAAACCUGAUGGGCUCCUUAAGCACAAGGAGAGUUCUGGAAGCAGCAGUUCCUCAGAUAGCGAGGAGGAGGCAUUGAAAACCGCCAAGCAAAUCCCACAGCCUGGUAAGAGACGAGAUGGGGGGAAUUCCAGUCCCCUUUGAAUGCGGCAAGCACAGUGAAGAGAUGCAACAAGACAGCAGUGCCCCCGUGAGAGGGGAAGCUGAGAAGGAUCCUACCCUAUUCAUGGCAUGUUUACAGAGGGUGUUUAGCCAUCUGAAAGCCACAGCCUCUCACCUGUUAUCUUGGAUGUUGAGGGGAUAGGCAUUCUUGUUCAUCCUUAGGGGUGCACCAUGUAUCCCAAGACUGAGCCAGGGAAAUAGGUGAUGAGGGUAAACCAUGACUCCAGUUAAUCCUCCCCACCCUCAGUGGCUAUUUCACAUUAGAAAUUAGAUAGAUAGAUAGAUAGAUAGAUAGAUAGAUAGGUAGCACAAUUGGCCAAGUCUCAAUGGGAGAGAUUCCUUGGUUAUAUCUUCAUUUUGUCUUAUUACAAGGGCACUAGAGAAGAACUUUAUGGUUUUCCUUCUCACAGUGUUUUCUUGAUCUCACAAGGAGAUUUUCUUGUUUGUUUUUUUAAUUUAAAAAAUUGCCCUCAAAGAAACCCUAAGUAUGCCGAACCUUCUUUAGGAGACUAGUUCUAGAUGCGAGAUGUGGAGCACUGUAGAAUUUGGCACAAUUCCUUUAGGAAAUGUGGCCCCUAAGUGGGCUGCCUGUGGUAAUUCAAGUAGUCUUGAAAGUGGUCUGCCUCUUCGCUGGGCCCAAGGGUCACGUAGCUCUUGUCCCAAUAACUCCCUCACUUGCCUAUCUUGGGGAAAAAACGAAAAGUAAGGAAAGUUUGGUAUUCCUAUAGCACAGCUAAAGCAACCCCAGUGGCCAUCACCUAAACUUCUAUGUACCCUUUGCUGCGACUACCUUGGCAAUGUUGGGAUGGGCAAACUCUGUGGGUAAAAGUUCAUAAGGCUCUUGGGUUGGCACUGUCUCCACAGUUAGAUACUCUUUGUGUCACAACAGUUUUGCAGCAGUAGAAGUACCACAGAUGGCAGUUUUCCCUCUUUUCUUUCUCUUUUAGCAAGCGUACCACAGAAACAAGAAGUGGGGGGGAAGCCAGAGAGCUCAUCUGAAGCGACCAGCAGUGAUGAAGACCAGGAGGCUUCGCAGGUAUUGCUUCCUUAUUGAUGGGGGCUGCAUGCUGAGAAGACAGCUCUUAACACUGGCACACAUUCCAUUGGGCUGCAUUUGAUGUUUUGUCUUAAUGGUUCAUGUCUGCACAAAGGAUUUUUUAAGAUGGAUGGUAGUACUAUAAGGCUUGGCCUCAUAGCUAUAAGUAAUGCCAGCAAGGUGUGGACUUCACCAUUCAACUGCAUGGUUAUCUGCUAUUAACACCAUACAGACUGGAGUUUUGCUCACUUCAGCAGUCUGGGGCCUGGGGGAUCAGUCUUGAACCCCAUCUGGAGACACAAUAGCCCUGUCUCACACUUUCAUAAGGGAAGACUGCAGUGAGCAAGAAGGGCAUUUUACUGGUCUUGUAAAUGCAUCAGAUGUUAAGUGUGAUUGGUAAAAAUAGUUCUUACAGCUGCUUACUCAAGCCUGGUGAAGGAAGGUCUCCCCUAUCUGCAAGCUGGUGAGGGAGGCAUGCAACUAGAUAAGAAAUGUAAGGUUAUAUUAGUGCAGGACAAAUGGGUUCAACAUUUAUUGUACGUUUUAUAUUAAAAAUUGGUAUUGACAUUACUCAUAAGAAAACUGAGAAUAGGAAUAGGUUCAGCAAAGGUGUCGUCAUCUUAAAUGCACCUGCUGAACGGAAUGAGAGGUUCUUCCUGGAAGUAGAAUCUUGAUUAUAUCUGUGUCUGACCUCAUGUUAACCUGCCCUGCCUGAUUAAGGGAGAGGUCCAGGGUGAAACUGCAGGGCUAGGCAACGGUUAAACAAGGGGAGCUGUGUUAGGCAAACGGCAGCAAUUCUUUAUUUGCAAUUUAAGCCAUGUCUAAGCUAUAAAAUUUCCUUUUAUGAGCAGCAUAUAGUAUGAGCUGUACAUCUGCGACGCAUUAGACUUGCAUGUGAGCCUGGGAGUGUGGUAAUGGUCAGCAGCCUCCCCUAUGCAUGCUUAACAGGGAGAGAACAGAGAAGCAAAUUUACUGCGUGUGUUGUAAACCCAUAAAAUACUGGUAUAAAUGCUCUCUCUCUCCCCCGCUGCCUCCCAAUAGGGGGAAUGGAAGCAUUGGACAGGUUUUUCUGUCCCUGUGCCUUUCUCCAGCUAUGCUUCCUCCAGUGCCUGUGAGCUGCUUCCUUGCUUCUACCCUCACUGGGGCAGGCAGGGGCGGGACUCGUCAUGUGUUUUCCUUCACGGGCUCAAAAGAGGCAGAAAAUGGGGCUGUGAAGGAGGAGGUGACCUGGGCUUGCUCGUGGAAUUUGUAGCGUCACUGUAAAGUUCUGUAUCAGCAUUUCAAGACCUACGAAUCUACAACAUGCUUUUCUCAGAUUGGGAGCCAGAGGAAGCAAGAUCGUGUCUCUGGGCAGUGGCAUGCGGUGACAUUUUUGUAGGGGGACAGUUACGGCCAGUUGCCUUGGGAAAUUAUACCGGUAGAUAGUACCCAGCAUUUUUUAGAAUAGUUUCAGGCUCCACCCAACUGUCAGCAUUCAGUGGAGCUGCUUUUACAGUAUUCAAUGUGUCCAAUAUUUGGCAGGGGAAAGUAUUAGAACAGAGCGAUCAUACCUUCCCAGCACUUAAUUACUUGAUAUGGUUUUUUUUAAAGCCACGCAUAUCCUACACACGACGAUCCCCCACUCCUAGAUCCUCCUAUCCCCUUACUCUAGAAUGGCCUUGAACAGGCAGCAGUCACUUGAGAGGAUGCCACUCUGCACAUGUUCAGAGGCAUCAACUUUCACCACCCUCUUCUACUGACAUCAGUAGAACUUAACGGUUUAAGUAGUAGGGUUCAGCUUGUUACGGGCAGAACUGUACUGAUAAAGCAAAUUUCUGAACAUAUGUCAGCCUCUGCAAUUCAUUUUGUCAUUCCAGUGGGUCCUAAUGGUCACAAACAACUACAUACCAUCCUUUGGGUUUAAAGCUUCUUCUGCAGAAUGAAUGGGUCUGAGCAUCACCAAUUUUAGAUAGAUAUAUAUACUCCACAAACAGCUGGGGCAAGGUGGAGGUGAGUGUAGACAGUACAGAGCUAGAGGGGCCAUCAGUCCGCUUCAUAUAAUCAGGCCGCUCUGUGCCACCAGAUCACCAGACACGCCCUCAGACCUGCCAUGCAAGGAGUGCAGCCCUCUGGCUUGCCUAGAGUGGACUAAAGAAGAGCCUCAAGAAGUAAAGUGGGAGGAGGGAGGAGAGGAGAAGCAAGAAGGUGGAGGGAGGAGAGAGAAGGAAGGGUUUCUUCCAGAAAUGAAGCACAGAGGUUUGUGUGUGUGUAAUUUUACCAGAAUAAUGGGGAGCUAAGCUAAUCCCUCUAGUCCACAGACUGCACGCCACUGGAUCAUCUAGGAAGCUUGGGGGGGGGGGGGAGAUGCUAGACCCUUUGGGAGGCAUGUUUUUUGUGAUGAUGGUGCAGAUGAUCCCGGGUCCCAGCGGGCUUAAGGCUAGUCAUAACUCUACCUGAAAGUUUAAUUCACUAGUAUGUCCUAGUGACACCCCCACCUCCCUGCAAAACUUUUCCCUCCUCCUGCAGGAAUUAGCGACUUAAUUGGUCCAUAAGUCAAGGUUGAGUAUCUGCUUUGCAUGCAGAAAGUCCCAAGUUCAAUCCAGCCUGCAACCCUGGAGAGCUGCUGUAUAGACCAGGAGGAGCCAACCCGGUAUCCUCUAGAUGGUGCUGGACUACAACUCCGUCAUCUCUGGCCAUUGGCCAUGGGAGCUGGGGCUGAUGAGAACAGGAAUCCAAUGACCCCUGGUCUAGGCUCAGCUGAGCCAGAUGGACCCAAUGGACCCAAAGGCCUAUGUUCCUGUUGUCUUCUCAAGGGCAGAUGGGGCUCGUCAACCUGGGAAGGUAGCCCAUCUAGGAGAAGGAAAACUCUGAUCCUAAACCCCUGGGAGAAGAAAGGGCUAAGGAGUAAACUACACAAAUCUGGAAUGGAGUCUCUAAGACAGUUGGAUGGAGCCUUGUACGCCUCCUUCCAACAACAACUGCAGCCAAGCUGCUGCCAAUCAUAGAGCUCUGCUUUCCUUUGGACAACAUCAGCGAGAUUGAGAGUGGGGUCUUGCCAUCUGGGCAGUCCAGGACUUCAUACACACAGCCCAGGCUUAUGCCCCGGGGAAGUCACUUCAGUGCUGCUAACGCAGCAGUUGGACUUCACCCCCGGAGACACACUCCAUUGUCUCUCGAGACAGGCGGAUGGCAACAUGGCAUUGUCUUCUCAACCUGCCCUGACAAUUCCUUGCUCAUGCUCUUCCCACCUUACACCAAUGCUCUGAGGCCUCAUUAAAAUGAAGAGAAGCAGAGGUUGAAGAACCACAUUCCUGGAUUCUCACCUGUCAAUAUUGCAGCAGGACUAUGAAAAAGUAUCCAGUUAAGUGGCUACCCGGUGGUGAUUUGUAAGGUACCACUUACAUGUUCUUCAGCUUGAAGAUGGAUAGCAGCAUCCCUCAAUAACUUCCAGUUCCUAACUUGUGUAUGUGUUCUUUCUCCUCCCCACCCCCUGCCCUCCUCUAGUCCCUCUUACAGGGCUUCGCGGGCCCUAUAAAGACCCCACUGCCCACUCUGCCGAAGGGUGCUGCUCCUGCGCUAUCCAAACAGAGUUCCAGAAAAGCUGCCUCUGCUCUUCGUGGUCCUCCCAUCAGCAUGGCUUCUGGCGACAGCUCUUCCAGUGACAGUAGCGACUCGGACGCCGAUGCUAAGGAAAAGGUUGGGCAGAAGACAGGUUAGUCUUGGAGGGUGAAUCCUUACAGAAGGGCUGGAGGAGAGGAAUGUUCAAGUAAAUCAGUCAUGAUGUGAUAUGGGCACAGGUCUACUUGUCCCAACCGCCUGAGAGCUCUCAUAUUCAGCACAAAGUGAGGAAGUCCCCAUUUCUCAGCUUGGGGGGUGGGCAGGAGGAGGGGUUAAAGCAAUGAGUCUCAGCUGCUACUUUUCCCUCCUCCCAAACUCAGUGUGGCAUGAAACUUCUGACAUCUUCCACUCGCUGCGGGAGGAGGGAGAGAGUAUAGCAGCCACAGAUUUCUGCAUGGACAUAUUUAGUGACUCUCCUCAGGUGGGUGGGGACAGUAUUUUGCACUGAAGGGUUAACCCCAUGCAGUGUGUUUGUUCUUAGCUUGCACGCCAUAGCCGUAGCAUCACCCUUAAGGUCACUCGUCUGAAGAUGGCAGCUGUGUUCUGAAGUGUGGCAUAGGGGGUCUGUGUCACGUGAGAUAACUAGCUCUUUUAACAUCCCUAGGCUUAGGUAAUUUAGGGGGCUCUGCCCUGUUUUUGACCGAAAAGGUGGUUUUCACAAGCAAGUGGGGGGAAAUCUCUUCUAAAAAGCUAAAAGUUUAGCACUUUGGAGUCAUGGUGUCUGAAGUGCAAGGCUUCCGUUUGUGUCCUGGGAUUCUGUAAAGUUCUGUGACCAAGAACAUGAAUCGUUAAAAUAAGGGCUAGUCGGCACAAGCAAGUCUUCUGCUGCCACCUGUUGGACAUCCGUCAGGAACACAUCAGGCAUGCUUUUUGUGUGUGUGUGUGGUCUUAUGAAUCCCUUGGGCAGGACACCUGAAGGGAAUAACUGAUAGGUGUUGGAUUUGUGGAUCAUUCCCCAGGGUUACUAGCGAGAGUCAGUGUGUCCUCCUACCUUUCCUCUUUCUGAUUCCUUUCUUAAAUUGUUAUAUGGCCAGCUAAAUGAGCAAACUGUCACACAACGUAGCUGCUAAAAUAGGAAAAAGACACACUUUAUUUCUUGCUGAAUGCUGGCAAAACAUGGGCUACAGGACGCUCUUGUUGACUGGGUUUGGACGCUAUGAUAAACUCUGGGUUUCUUCUGAUGGCAGUCAGCCUAGGCAACCUCUGUCUUGUUUGGAUUUGUUCACCCUCAUCCAGUCCAUUAGUGAAGACAGGCAUCACUUUAGUACUAAGGCAGCUUCCUUGGAUUAGGCCUGGGCGAUAUAUCAGUAUGAGGGGCAGACCGCGAUGACAGUUUCACUCAGCGGUAUAUCGCUGGUGAAACCACCGCCUUCCGAGUCCUGCUGCUGCCAGCGCCAAGGGAGAAACAAGCUGCAGCUGGAGGCAGAGGGACUCAGAAGGCCGCGGUUUCACCAGCGAUACACCGCUGAGUGAAACUGCCAUCGUCUGCCUUCGUACCAGCAGAGGGAGAGACAAGCUGCAUCUGCGAGGUGCCAAUACAGCUUGUUCCUCCCUCUGCCUCUUUAAACUGCUUGGCUGAGGAGUGUGCCACUGCCCUCGCUUCAGCCAAGCAGUUUUACAGAGCCCCCAAUCCUCCACAUGAGCCAGAGAAUGGGUGGGGGGCUCCAUUAAGGUGCUCCCCCUCCCCAGCUGAGGGAGCCCUGAUCCGGCUCCGACUUGCCCACCAGCAGAAGCAGGAUUGGGGCUGCUCAGCUGCUCAUCACACUUCCCCCUUGAAGGGGGGUGGCUGUUGUUCCCCCUCAAGGGAGAAGUUAGUUCAAAAGAUCCCUCACUUCGCCUAUGGCUCGUAGGAGCCAGCUACGGGGUGUGGACUCUUUUAGACUGUCCGUCCCCCCCCCCCCCCGGCCAAGGCCCGGCAGGAGCUGAUCCAGCUUGCCAAACCGUGAUGUUUGGCGGGUGAUAAAUCGCAGUGUUGAAAACCCAACAUUGCCCUUGGAUUUAGGCAAAAAGGAGACAUAAAGCUGGGUGCCAUCAGCAUAGUAGUGACACAAAAGCCCGAAACUCUGGACGAUAUCUCCCAGCAGUUUAAUGUAAAUGUUAAAUAGCAUGGGGGACAGAACCCUGAGGGACCACAGGCCAAAGGCUAAGGCUUCAAAGAGUCCCCCAGCACCACCUUCUGGCUUCGCCCCUCUAUAAAUUGGGCCUUUUUCUCCUGCUGUCAAACAUUCAACGAGAAGCUUGGUUCCUAAUUUGGUGCAUGGCCUGAUUUACCUCCCAUGAGCCGCAGUGCUUUGGAAGUAGGAGGCAUUGGAGAGGCAUAAGCUUCUCAGUAGCUAGUAAGGCUGUCAAGAGCACUUGAGUCACUCUCUCUUUCAAUUAUGUUUCCACAGAGAUUGGCCCAUUACCCUCUUCUGGAAAGGAAGUGGCAAGGACCAAGGGGGCUAAGGGGGCCACAGCAAGGAAAAAAGGAGCGGGAAGCAUUGGCUCCAAAGCCACCUCUGCAAAGAAAGCUGCUGCAAAGGCCCAGAGCAACGGCAGCACCAAAAGGAAUCCCGCGGGGCAGUUGCCACUCACCCUGCAGGCCAGCACCCAAACCACACAAGUUGGCUCAGAGGAGGCCGCAGCCCAAGCUCCUGGUGCAGCCGCCCAGGGAGAGCCCCAAGCCACCCCUGUUGCGGCAGUCAAGCGUCCCAAAGCAACCAAAUCUUCCAAGGCUGGGGCAAAAGAGAAGCCGUCCAAGAAGCGAAAGCUGGCAGCUGGGGAUGCUGGCCUGGGCGAGCCAAAGGGAAAGAAGCUGAAAGCAAAGAGUGGCGUAGAGGUGCCGAAAAAGCUGAAGAAGAAGAAGAAAGACAAGUCUUCAACCGGCAGCGAAACACCAAAGAAAAAAGGCAGCAAAGAGAAGAAAGCUGAUAAGAGUAAGAGCAUCACACACACACACACACACACACACACACACACACACCACCAUACAAUCCCAGGUGUCCCUUGCCCUAUUCAGCGCACACUGCUGCCCCCAGAUGGGCUCGUGCGGUAUUGCUAGCUGGCAAGAAAGCUUAGUGUGCGUUUGUGUUAGUAAGCAAAGGAUGCAAGAUUUCAGACCAGCAGGUUUCCGUCUGUUCAGCCGGCUUUGGUUAGGCUUCUGUGUCCUGGUGCCUUCCAGAAGCUUUGGACUAUAAAAGUCCUGUUAUCCCUGACCACUGACCAUGCUAACCUGGGCUGAUGGGAGUCAGGAGUCCAGCAAAUCUGGGGGUCACCAGGCUGCGGCUGCCUGCCCUUCUCUACCCUGCUGCCAAGCUACGCAGAAGGCUGACUCUGAAUCCUGUGUUCAGAGAGUCUCGAAAAACACGAUCCCAACUUUUCAUCCUUCUGUUUCCCCUAAGCCUAUGUGGGUCCCCUGUUGUUGUGGAUGCACCCAGAUGAUGCAGUCUCUGUGUUCUGCUUCAGGUGUUCUGCUUCUGUGUCAAACGGUGGGGGCAGGGCUGCGUCACAGGUGCUGAGUAGUCCUUCCACGUGGUGCCCGUCCAAGCAUCUGCAGGGAAGACAGGGAGGCUUUCAUGUGUGGAGCUGCACGCAGCCUCCUUACAGACACCAGCCCUGUACAAUGUCAGGGGAAAGAGCUACUCUGGGUUUUGAUUUAAUGCAGAAGUAGAGCAUCUGAAUAGGGCCUGCUGUUGUAUUGUCCCUAUUUUGUUCCGUUACGUUGCAUAGUAAGCUGCUUUGGUGGUGGUUUAACAGAAAAAGCAGGGUGUGAAAAAUAAAUCUCAAACUUAGGACCAGCUUGAUGUGCCCUAUCCUCAUAUAAAUUGGUCCAUCAGGCUGGGCUCCCUUUGCUCCCUGUUGCCUCCCAAACAAUGCAACCGUGUGACUGGAGUUUCUUUGCUGCCAGUGAAUAAGCUGGCUGCUUUACUCAGCAAAGCUCUUCCUACUUAACGCCGUGCCUGUGCUUGUAAGGGAUUUCUGCAGUGCAAUUUGGAGCAGCAAGGACCAUUUUCUGCAAACGCAGGAAAGGGCAGAAGCCAUAUGCAGGUAUGUCCCAUAAGAAGGGCAGCCCUUGCAGUUGUGGUGUUUUUGCACAUUCCACUUGUGUGCAUGCACUCUCACCCCCAGCUCUAUUUCCCCCCCAUUUUGCUGGUCCUGGCAAGGCCGGGGGAAGAGGAGAAGUUCCCGCUAUUAAAUGGCCAGGCAUCUGUGUGGCCCCACUGAGCUAGGGAAUGGCCUCCUGUGCUGUAUAGGAAAGGGUCUGUUUUUAAAAACAAAUGGAAAAGUACCACCCCAGUUCCAUGCAUAGAUUCACAGGAGGAAUGAAAUUCAGUUGCAAGGGCUGCUGGUUCUUGUGACAUUUAGCAGUAAUUGAGCAAGCCAUAUCUGUGCUGAUGACUACAGUAUUAAAGCUGCCUUUAAGUGCUGAGAGCUGCUGUUACCACACAGAGAGGGUGGGGAGAGGAUGGCUGUUAAUCAUUCUCUGUUAAAAGAGCAGCUCCAGCCUGUGUGAGGCUCCUGCUAAGAUUUGGUACAUUCCUGUUGCUAGUAUACUUCCAUAGUGAUUUCUCUCUCGCUUUGCUGCUGCCUCACACAGGGAAAGACUGUCCCAGCCCUCCUCCAGCAGAGGAUGAGAAAGGGCAAUGGAAUAGAUGGGAGGGGAGAUUUCUGACAAAGCUGAGUUACAGCUAUAUUGUUGGGGAAGGAUGAGGCUGUGACUUAACAUACGGUAUAUAGCUUUUGGAAAAAUCAGCUAUGCACAGAUAUAUACAUAUGGCUGUGUUGAUCCAGGCAUUGGGCAAAUGAAUCACUAAUGUAAAAAAGAAUGGGGUGUCUUGAUACCUGUGCAAGGAAUGUCUUCAGUUUCUCCCUCUAUAAACCAGAGACAUGACUGGAAAGUCAUUUAAUAUAUAAAGGUUUCUUAUAUGCCAGACUCACAUCUAAGUAAUUGUGUGGAGGGGGGUGGAGGCAAUUAUGCAUGGGGUGAAAAUCAAGGCAAGACCUUAUAUUGUAGCUUUUACUAAAGGUUUUGAAAAGGAACAAUUUCUGUGAUGCUAUUAUCUUAAUUCCUGUGCAGCUGCCAAUAUUUCUGAACAGAAUGCCACCUUGCAUCCACUCACAGAGCAGUCUAAAUGUUAUAUCCCUGAUCUUGUAAAGGGUCCCAUAUAGGUCGCCAACAUUUUUUUACUGUUGGGGACAAAAAGCACACCCUCUAAUCAAACACACACCAUAACCAUUCUGUUGGCUACAGCAGAAUGCUUUUCUGACUAAUGUCUACAGGUUUAAGUGAGUCCCUUGGGCAUAUUUGGACUUGUUUGAUUUUAAGAUUUAGGAUCGAUUUCUGUGGCUGAAGAUUGGUAGCAAAAUAGCUGACCAUGUUGGGUUUUUCCAGAACAUAUUCAGACACCCAUCCAUCACCCAGCUGUAGUUUUUAUUGUGUUUUAUAAAUAUUCUUAGAAAUAAAUAAAUGGCAUGUUAAAAAUAUCACCAUCAUUGUCUGAUGGAGGAGUAGGCCUUUGGGGGUGAAGUCAAACCGCUGGAAGGCUGCUUUUGUAAGCUGCUAGAGCGUGUGUUUUUUGGUUUUUUAAAAAAGCAGGUUCUUAUUUUCUUUCUUGCAUAAUUGUUUUAUAGAGAAAAAGAAGAGCAAAAAGUUGGAGUCUCUUACUGCAGAUGGAUCACAGAAAAAGAAGAAGAAAAAGAAGGUAACAGGACACUAGAGAACUUUUUUGGAUGGGUAAACCUGUCUGUAAACACUUGAACUUAAUGGGGCUUGCUUCUGAGUAGACGUAUACAGGAUUCCUCCAUUCGAUUUAGGUUGUUUGCAUUUGAAGGGGCUCCAGGACUAUGUUGUUUUUCCAAAACCAGGUGUGACUGCAGCCUAGAAUACUUAUGCAAUUUGGUCUACAUAUUUCCAAAGUUGCUAGGAGACGGCCUUGUCAGAGGCAUUCCUUAGCUUAAGUAUUAUAUGCAGGGGGUGUAGAAACAACAAACCCGUAUCAAUGAUGCAAAUACAGGAUUAAAGAAUGGAGGUGACACUCUGCCCCAUGUUAACAGUCUUGUCUGUCGUCUUAAAUUUUGUUUUAGUGGAGUGACUUUAUUUCCACAUAUUUCCUUGUAUCCAUGAGAAGGAAGACCUAUUGUCCAUCUUACUGUACAGUUUGGAAACACUCUGAAAGUGAAUCUUUCAGCUCAGUUUCUCUUUCCCCACCCUAGUUAUGUGUGUAUAGGGAAAUUUUAACACUGGGGCACAUUCACACAUGCAUCCCUCACUCCCAAAUACAGUCAUACCUUGGAUCCUGAACACCUUGUGAGUCGAACGAUUUGGCUCCCAAAUGCCGCAAACUCGGAAGUGAGUGUUCCGGUUUGCGAACUUUCUUUGGAACCCAAAUGUCUGACACAGCUUCUUCGGCUUCCGAUUGACUGCAGGAGCUUCCUGUAGCCAAUCGGAAGCCGUGCCUUGGUUUCCAAACGUUUUGAAAGUCGGACGGACUUCCGGAACAGAUUCUGUUCAACUUCCAAGGUACGACUGUAUAUAUGCACACAUAUACAGGUGUAUAUAUGUACACAUAUACAUGUACACACAUACAGGUGGACGCAUAUAUUGUCUUUCCCUUGUGAGUGUUGUGAGGAGCUUUUCACUUUGCUUAUCUUGGAGUUUUAAACAAAAGUCAAGUACAAUGGGAUACAGUGCUGUCUGUACAUUGGGUUCAUUUACUUGGUCCGAAACCAAAUUAUUCAGCUAGUUUCAGAUAACUUGUCCUUGCCACAUGAGUGAAAGACUGCCAAUACUCUAUUUCAGUAACUAGCUUUUUACUAUUUUGCCGUAUUUAAAUCCACGGUACAUUCUAAUACUGUAAGAUGCGGUGCUGGCAUGUGACGCUGCUCAUAGGAAACUUGCAUUGCAAGAAACUUUGGUUCCUCCUAAACUUCAUUACCUUUAGGUUACGUGGCUGUGGGAUGCAUUUAUCCUUCAUGAAGCAAUCCUUUUUAAAAAAGAGGCGGGGGGGGCAGGGCUUUCCCAAGAUAUUUUGCCACUUGAUGGCGUCCCCUCCUCCCAAUUCUAUCUAUAGAAGCCAAUCUGAUUGGCAGCUGGGGAUUUCUUCAACACAAGCGGCAGGGUGGCUUUCUCCACUAUACCUGAGAGCAGCAGACUAGUUUAAGGGUCUUGAGGUGGGUGGUGUGACACACACACAGUUCAGUUCAGCCUUGCAUAGCUUGGUUGCUUGGUUGUCUGGAAUAUGGCCUAAAAGCUAAACUAGGCCAUGAGGUGAAAGCCAGGCUAGAGCUACUUAAUUCGUCUGACAGGAUGGUAUGAGUUAUUGUGCUUUGACUGUUGCCCAGACUCUCCAGAAUAUGGGCCUGAACCGAGCACUUUGCCCUGAGCUAACAUAAUUUCUUCAAGGGAGUCUGAAAUUUCCGUUAGUCCAAAUGAGCUUGAGAUUGACACCCUUCCCACCCACCCCAGGAUUAAGUUUUGCACCGGAGCACUAAAGUCUUGAGAUGCCCUUUCCCAGCAUGCUUUGUGUUUCUUAAACAGAGAAUUAAGUCUUAUUUUGCCAGCAUUUGAGUUUGGGAGCAGAAAAGAUGGUUGCAUGAGUGACUGAACCUAGGAAGUACUGGAAGGACCUGUUUCACCAUCUGAAACUGGGUCUGUGUUCUCUGUACUGUGAAGGGAGCCAAGGACGUUGGAGGCAGUUCCAGUUCUUAGGGCGGUGGGGGCGUAAAAACAACAACAGACCUAAAUUGUUCUGGAUUUCUUUCAGAAAACUGGUGAUCUUGAGGGAGCAGCAUGAGCCGGUAAGUAUCUUUUUAAAGUAUUCUGCCAAUUAGUUCAUGUCAACUUGGCAAAUUCCGACGGCUCUUUUUCUCUGGCUAGAGCCUUUUGCUUAGGAAAUACUCUCAUUCAAGGCAGCUGGCAUGGGCGUAGCCAGGAUUCCUCUUCAGGGGGGCAGAACCUCAGUUAAGUAUUUUUAUUUAUUUCUGUGAGGGCACCUGCGCAUCCCCCCCCCCCCCGGCAGCUGAGCCUAUUCCUUCAAGGAUCACUUUUAGUUUAGAGGUAUACGAAGAUGAUUCUGUUCUAGGUUUUUGGAUUGUUUUUAAUUGCAUUUUUAAUUUGUGGCUUUAAAUUCCUAUCAAGAGCAUAAACCAGCUUUCCCCAACCUGGUGCUCUCCAGAUGUCGUUGGGCUCCCAACUCCCAUCAGCCCCAGUCAGCUUUGCCAUUGGCCAGAUUUUAUGGGAAUUGUCCAGACAUCUGGAGGGCACUAGGGUUGGGGAAACAGGCAUAAAGCCACUUAGAACUCCGAUAAGGAUUUAAUGAAGUUCCAUAGCGAUAGCAGUUUUAUAGUGGGCUAGAUGAGAAUUGGCAUUAAAAAUGUGUGCUCUGAAGGAGGUUUAUUUUGGAAUGUGUCAGGCCUGAAAUAAAUCAUAUCUUCAAGUACCUCGAGUUCUUUCUUCUUUUUUCCUCCUCUGCAAAAGUCAAAUAGCUCUAGGGUGGAGCUGGGUCAUUGGUGUUUUCUGGUGGUUGGUAGCAGUGAUAGUACCUCAUUAACACAAGGAUGAGAAAAGAUGCUUGUGAUGCAUUUGAAAAAUUAUUUUCCUACUCAUUGACAAAUCUGUCAUUAGCAGAAUUUCCCUUCUUUGCAGUAGUUUUUAUUUUUAUUUUUAAUGUGUUCUUUCUUUCUCUCUCUCUCUCUCUCCCUUUCCUGUAGUGGCUUAAAGCACGAAGUAAAGAAUAAAAAUAUGCUGGGAGCAUUCAAGGGAAAGAAACUGUUUGUUUAUAUUUUUAAAGAAAAGAAAGUGGGAAUGUCAAAGACUUGAUUCCAGUAUUUAUAACUAUUUUUAACUGUGACUUUUAGAGCUAAGCAUUGCUAACAGUUGAUCUGGCUAUUUGCUUGGGAAUAAGACAUGCCCCGAUUGCUUGGCCAAUGGAGAAGAUGCAGCUACUGUAACUGACGGAAUGUGAGGAAGACAAACACCUUUGAUUAUUCAAUCCUGAAUCCAGCAAUUACUUUUACGGCUAUCUCUACUUCCUCCUUCACCCAAUCCCAACCCUUAAGAGUUAUAUUUUUUAAAGGAAAAGAUCGCCUCCCCCUCUUUUCAUACUACAUUAAAGGAAGAAGUUUUAUGUCUCUGCAAUGUCCAUCCAGAAAUUGUGUUCAAUAUGUACAAAACCCUGUUGAUUCUAGGUUGGCUUUUUCUCUUGUACUUUUCUCUCCCUCUCUUUCUUUUUUUAAAUAAUAGUAUACAAUAAAACCAUAGUAACUGGG